AGUCACCAGAACAACUACAGCUUAUUGUAUUUGUCUUGGUGAGUAUAAUCAAUCCCUUCAGGCUUUUUGCAGUAAACAGCUUUUUCAGAGAAAAUGCAAUGUGUACAUUACAGCCUAUUGAUACCUUCACUGACCACUCUUCAGAUGACUACUAGAGGUGCUUCCUGGGGCAGUGCUGCACAGUGUGCAUCACUGCCAUUCAAUGUUUCCACCCUCUGCAUGAAGACACUGAACUUUCCCCAUAGAGAUGCAUUGAUUGGCCAGGGCUGUGUUUAGCUUGUGUUGGCUCUGCCCCUGAUCUGCCUCCUUGACAAGCUCUGCCAAUCCAAUGCUUACCUAAGCAUUAUGAUCUCAGAACACCACUUCUGAUAAUGUCAGCCAAGCAGGCAAAUCAGGGGCAGAGUCACCAGCCCCAGCAUACUGUAAUAAAAGAUUUUACUAUAUUUGUGGUAAAGGGGGCUAGAUUAUUAUUUAUUUUAUUUAUUUUUUAAACUAUAGGGUCAGGAAUACAUGUUUGUGUUCCUGACCCUAUAGUGUUCCUUAAUGCCAUUAGGGUGUACUAUGCCGCUCCGCAUUUAAUGAGCCUAAACGCCACCCUAACAAUCAUGAGCUCCCCUGUCCCUGCAGACUUACCUGGAUCAGCGAUCCCGGCCUGGGACGACUGCAUCAAGGGAUAAGCAGUCCACCUGCUUCCAUUUCGGCCCCCUAAGGGCCAUGUGAUCGCAACAGACGUCACAAUCACAUGGCCGCAAAACAGUCUAUGAGACUGCCUGAUUAGCAUUAUUUUUAUAUAAUGUAUUUUGGUAUUCAUCUAUAUAUUAAUACGAAAAUACACUUAGAAUUAAGUUUAUAUAUGUUUAAUAUAUUAAUCAGAUGAUUUAAUUAACUUAUAAUAUACUAUACAUAUAAUAUAUAUAAUAUAUAUGAUAUCAUAAGCGUAUCUUGACAAAAUAUAUAUAUACACUUAGAAUUAUAUUUUUUAUAUAUAUUUGUAGUUGGGGCAAUAUAGCCGUGAUGAAAAAGUAACAUAACAUAUUAUAACCAUUAAACAUAUUUAAAUUUACACCACUCGCUUGUGGUGUGCCGGAACCAACAAAGCAGUAGGCCUGUAAUAAAAGUGGGCCCACCUUUAAAGGGUGAAAUGAAUAGAGAGAGUGAUGGGAGGGGUGACUCGCCAGACCAUCAACGGUAAGAUGGGAGAGGAUUGGCAGCCAUUUUAAAGGGAAUUCAAGCCCCUCCCACAACUACAGGCCAAGGCCUUAAAAUAUAUGUAUGUGUGUGUAUAUCUACUAUUUCCCUGGAUAUAUCCAUGACAGCACUAUGUAUGUGGUAUAGCUCCUCCCCUUCUCAAUUGGAUAGGAACCACCUCCUAAUUAAUUAAGUCCCUUCAGUCUUUUUUUCCUGUCCACUUCUCAUGGACAUAGGAUGUUUUACCUCCUCUUUUUUUUAUUUUGUGGCUUACUCGGGUCGAAUUGUACCCCUUGCCCAUGGGGAGUUCAGCCUCAGGACACGGCGCCUCACCAAGGGCGACUCCCUGGAGGAUUCUCCCCUCAGCGACCGGGGAGAUAUUCUGCAGUGACCCUGUAGGUAGCAGCUGGAUGUGCCAGACCCGUUGUGGUGGUAAUUCCCAAAAAUGGGUACACCUACCUGCUGCAUAUGUUCUGGGCUUCUUGGCUUUCCUGUCCUGUCUGUUGGUGAUGUAAGUGGCAGUUCCUUAAAGAUUUCUGCCUGACCAGGGGGCCUUUUCUUUAUUUUUUCUUCCCCUUUUAGCUUCCCUUCCAGAUAGGUGUCUCCUGUGUUUCACGCUCCGGUUUUGGAACGCAUUGUGGAAUGCACGCCAAAUGCGCGGGUCCUCUUUCCAGCACUUCCGGGUUGUUCGGACUAUCGUGUUCCUCACCCCAGUAGCAAGGGAAUUAUACUUCCGGGUUCCUGUUUUUCAAUUUAAAGACGUAAGUACCAUUUGGUCUUCCCUCUAUCGGUACCUGGAUCCCUUUAUCUCUCUAUGAAGUGAUCAUAUUCUAUCCUGGCUGCAGGUAAGUGAAAUAUUUGUGAUUUCUUUGAUUUAUAAUGAUAAGGAAUUGUGGAAGGUGUGUUUUUUUUUUUUUUUUUUUAAAUUACUUAGUAUUUUUCUUAGUCCUUUAGUAAUUUAGGUAUUUUUUUUAAUUGCUAGAAACUUUAUUUUUAAUUUUCUAGCUGCCCUAUUAGGAUGGAGUCCCCCGGUCAUUCUUCAAAAAAUAGGUCGCAAUCACGAGGUUCAGAGCAAGUCACCUUUAUUUUCAGCAUUUACUAUACAAAUAAAGAGUGCAUUUCAUCUUUCUAAUGGAAGAUUUCAGUUCUGCCCACAGAUCCUCAUACAAGAAAAAGAAGGAUAAGACCCCCUUAUGUGAAGCUUGUGAUGACAAGGUGCUGCUUGGGAAAAGACUUUGUUUAGCUUGUCUGAAAGCAGUGGCAGGUCAUGCAGAACUGGAUCCAGAUGUUCUCUCUUACAUCCAUCAAGCAGUUUCAGAGGGUCUUCGGCAGCCUGAGAUGGCAAAGAAAAGACUUAGAUCUUUUAGCCCGGAAGAAUAUCCUGAUUUGAGCUCAGAUGAAUAUAUGCCCCCAUUAUUUGAAGAAGACAAAUUUUAAUCUCAAGAUGAAGAGUCUGGGGCCUCUCCUGUCUUUAUAGACAAUGGUAAAAUUGAAGCUCUAAUCAAGGCCGUUCGUUAUACCUUGGACCUUAGUGAUAAGAGAGAGGAAGAACCAACUUCUAGUAAGAACUUUGCAGACCUAAGAAAGUGCAAUCCUACUUUUCUAUUGCAUGAGGCCAUUGAAGACCUUAUUAAGCAAGAAUGUAAGAAAGCAGAGAAAAGAGUUUCUAUUCAGGGUCGUUUUUCUAAACUUUACCCUUUUAAAUCUGAUGACCGUGUUUCUUGAGAUCUUGCCUCCAAAGUGGAUGCAGCAAUUAUCCAAUAACCCUUCCAGUGGAUGAUGCUGGUACUUUACGUGAUCCCAUGGAUAAACGUAUGGAUUCUAACUUAUCCAAAGCCUAUGUUGCCUCUGGCUCUGGGCUUCGUCCUGCCGUAGCCUUGACAUCCGUUUCCAGGGCCUUAAAGCAGUGGACGGACCAUCUCGAAGAAGACAUUUCAAGUGGAGUCAGUUGAUCCAGACUGUUGGAAUCUUUGAAAAAAGUUAAAUUGGCUAUUGAAUUUUCAUCGGAAGCUUCUAUAGAUCUGGUGAGAUCCAUCUCCAGAAGCAUGGUCCUGUCAGUAGCAUCACGACGUGCUCUUUGGCUACGUAAUUGGGUGGCAGAUACCUCUUCAAAAAAUAGCCUGUGUGCCCUCCCUUUCCAAGGGGAUAUGCUUUUUGGCAAAUAUCUGGACGAAUGUAUCAAAAGAGCAGUGGAAGGGUGUAAAGCUUUUCUUCCUCAAUACAGAUGACCAAAAAGAUAAUUUCCACAGGACAGACGUUCCUUUCGGGAUAAGGAAUAUAGACGCUACAAGCCUGGUAGAGAGUUCUCCAGAUGCCAAUUAUUGAAAGGAGGAUCUUCUUCCUCCAAAAACAAUCGGGUCGAGGUGGCAGUGUCAGACAAUCAAAGCACUUCCUUCAGUCCUUGGGAGUGGGAGCAAGACUUUUAAACUUCGAGGUCUGGGCUCAGACAGUGCAAGACAAAUGGGUUCUAAAGAUCAUAAAGAAUGGUUACUUUUUGGAAUUUUCCACCAUUCCUCUCCAUCGUUUUGUGGCUACAAAGAUACCCCAAGAGCCAGAAAAGGCACCAGCCAUUCGUUCCUUUAUAACUGUCAUGCUUCUGAUCAGGUCAGAGAGGAGACGAUUGCAAGGGUUAUUGGUUAAAACUUUAUUUGUCAUAUUAGACAUAACAAAUUUACUGAAAAUAAAGAAUAAAGGGCAGUCUGCCACAAACAGGAUACUUUGAGAAAAACAGGGUUUGAGCGAUAUGCCACAAACAAGAUCUUUAGAAAGUAAAUGAAUAAAGUCUUUUGUAUAUAAGCAGGCUUGAAGUUAUACCAAGUAGUUAAGGAUUUCCAGGAUACUUUACAAUGCAACAAGUUAUAAGUAAAUACCUUUUAGGAUAAGGCAAUACAGGAUCAUGCAGAGUUGCAGAGGUUGAAACAGGCAGGUAUAUUCCAAAAUAAUAUAAUGUAGGUUGUUUACGAGAUUAUGCAGUGAUGCAGCAAUUGAAGCAGUUAAGAUUCUUCAAUGAAGGAAAUACGCCACAAAUCAGGAUUCUUGGAAGCUGAUAAGGAAAGUCUUUCGGUAAGAUGUAAUUCAGGCAAAUUCAGGAUGAAGUAAUGCAGAAUGAAAUCAUGUAGAUAAAAUACAGGAUAUUACAAGGAACAGAGAUUCUUUAUCAGAGCAUAGACUUCAUCUUUAUCAGAGCAUAGACUUCAAUGUCAAGGGGAAUGGAGACCAAUAUUAGAUCUUCACGAGCUGAACCUAGAGCUGUGUGUAAAUAAAUAAAUAAAAUAAUUCAAAAUGGAUUCAUUAAGUUCCAUUAUCAAAAGCAUCUCUCCAGGAGACUGGUUGAUUUCCAUAGACCUUUGGGAUGCUUAUUUUCAUAUUCCAAUUGCUCUGCCACACCAGAAGUUUCUGAGGUUCGCCAUUCAUCAGCCACAUUUCCAAUUUCGGGCUCUUCCCUUUGGUUUUAGCACGGCUCCCAGAAAUUUCUCGAAAGUUCUUAUUGCAUUAAUAGCUCAAAUCCGGAUGGAAGGCAAAUCAAUAUACCAUUAUCUAGAUUUUGAUCCUCUCAGACAACAAAGAUCAGCUCUUUCUCCAUAUAGAUAUAGUUCUUCUGAUUUCUUCAGAAGUUUGGUUGGAUAAUAAACUUCAAGAAGGGCCAGCUGUAUCCAUCACAGAUAAUGGUUUACUUGUGUGAGAGAUUCGACAUGAUAAAGGCACAAGUUUCCCUCUCCUCAGACAGAGGUCAUUGUAUUCAGUCGAAAAUGCAUCCUCUUCUUUCUCUCCACUCUAUUCCGGCAAGAGAGAUUAUGAUCCUUCUGGAAAGUUUUUCCUCUACAAUAGGUCUUACAAGGUGGGCUAAAUGGCAUAUGAGGAUCCCUCAGGAGGGAUUUCUGUCCCAAUUUACAAACAAAGACCUGAAUCAAAAUAUUUAUCUGACACUGACAAUCAAAACAGUUCUUCUGGUGGCACUUCACUCAGAAAGAAGAAUCUCAGAACUGGGUGCACUUUCUUGCAAUUCCUCAUUUCUAAUUUUACAAAAAGACCAAGUCAUCCUUACGACUGUUCCUACCUUUCGUCUUAAAGUAGUAUACCCAUUUUAUAGGAAUCAGGGUAUCGUUCUACUAGCCUUUUUUCCACACUCUUCUUCUGAGGAAGAAGAUAAAUGGCAUUGACUGGAUCUGGUUCGUUGUUAAUCAUCUUACCUGAACCGUACGGUGGAAAUAAGGAAAUCACAUAGCUUGUUCAUCAUUCCUUCAGGAUAUAACAGAUGUCAAUCUGCCUCUUCCUCCUGCAUUGGCCGAUAGAUAAUCCCAGGCUUACAUAGCUUUGAGUGUUCCAGUUUCAAUGGGUCUUCGAGCCCAUUCCACAAGAUCGUUGGCUUCUUCAUGGGCAGCUGCAGCCAAUAUUUCUCUGGACCGCAUUUGUUCCGCAGCAACAUGGUGCUCAUUUAAUACCUUUUAUCCGUCACUACCGGUUGGAUGUGGCCAGGUCUUCUACCUCUGAAUGUGGUAGAAGUGUUCUUUCUGCCGUCUUAUAAUUAUUUUGUAAAUAAAAUAUUUUUGUUGGCAUUAAAAUUCAAUGUUCUUGUUUUCUUUCUCUCCCUUGUACUUUUUCAACUUUGGUAUAACCCAUCUGUAGUGCUGCCAUAGGCGUAUCCGGGAAAACAGAAAUUUACACCAGGCUCACUGAUAUUUUCAUUUCCUGGAUAUAGGCCAUGGCAGCACUACAGUCCCACCCUUUUAAAAAACUUAUUUUAGUUAUUUGUAGUUUUGAACUAAGACUGGGGGGACAGGGUAGGGAGUCUCUCUUUUAUUAGGAGGCUUUUCCUGUCCAGCUGAGGAGUGGGAGGAGCUAUACCCAUCUGUAGUGCUGCCAUGGCCUAUAUCCGGGAAAUGAAAAUAUCUGUGAGUAUGGUGCCAUAUGGGCUGCCAUAUGGUCUCAAAGGCAGCAUAGGUCCAGCAAACCAACCUGGCAAAUUUCAAUGUGUAAAAAUUAAAAAGGGGAAAGCCCUAUAUUUGACCCUGUAGCUUUCAAAUACCCCAUAAAACCUGUACAUGGGGGGUACUAUUAAACUUGUAAAACAUGGCUGAACACAAAUAUAUGUAUUUUAUUGCAGCAAAAACUAACAGUAUUAUGACAUUCACUAUGGUGUAGGGGAUGGGGUCUCUGUUAUUAUUUAAAUAGUAUAUAUUCCUAUCCAAUUUUAGGAGUAGGAUGAGUUAUACCCUUCUGCAGUUUUGCCAUGGCCUAUAUCAGGGAACAGAAUAUAUUUUAAGUAUGGAAUACAUAUUCUGUUUUCUGACAUGAGAGGGCAUGACUAAGGAGGGGCUUAUGGUAUAGAAUUCUGCAAUCCAUUGAUCGUGCAAAACAUACAUUAUGUUAAUGAGGCCAAAAUCAUUCAGAAGCUGAGGAGUUAAAUUUCUUUUGUGCAACGUUUUCAUAGUGAAAUGUUGCUCAUACAGACUCCAAGCACCAUGACCACUUCAAGUCACUGAUUGCAUUUGAAAUGCAAAUAAAUAUUUAAAAACUUCCUGCAGUCAUUGUAUCAUCUAUUAUUUCAUUCAUAUGUAUUUUAUUUUUAUUUUACAAAAAUGGUGUGUGUGUGUGUAUAUAUAUAUAUAUGUAUGUAUGUAUGUAUGUAUGUAUAUGUAUGUGUGUAUAUAUAUAUAUAUAUAUAUAAUGAGUAUACAGACAUACAAUGCUACUGCCUUGUAUUUCUAUUGUUUUUGUAUUUUAUUAAGACAGCUUUCUAUUCACUAAACAUUCUAGAGUACAUUUUAUUAUGCCUACAUUAUCUUGCAGGUUUUUCAGUAUUAAAGGAAGUAAAUAUCUUAAUUUGUUAAUCGGCAUAAUAAAAGUAAAAUGCACUUAACUAUGACAUUUUCUAUGCUUCAUUAAUUUGAAUUUAAAAAAGUACAUACUACAUUCAUCAAAAAUUUCCAAGGUAGAAAAUAAUUAUCUAAUGAAUUCCUUUUUUGUGUACAAAUGUAAUCAAACUAAAUUACUAGAACAUGAGGUCAUAGUAUGACAAUUUUAUUAAACUUUUACACUUUUUUUUGCAUUAAUAUCUUGUAUUUUGAUUCCUGGUGUUAAGCUUUUUCUUUAAUAUGUACUAUGCCACAUAUCAAUAACUGCACGAGUUCCUUCCUAGCAAUUUAGGACUCUCUAUGGCAUUAGUAGUGGAUUCGGGGAGCAUUCGACAGCCCCGGUUGUUGUAUAAUCCUUCUCUCACCACCAAUACCUCCAAUUGGUAUCCUUUUGAGAGAAAUCCACUCUGCGUUGUGUUUUAAUAGUGAAUGUAAUAUCCCUGUGUAACCUCUUCCAAGAACUAACAUAUAUCUUUAUCCCCUUGUCCAGAUAAAUAUAUGACUAGAACUACUAAGGUAUUCUACCCGAUAUUACAAAUAAACAGCCAACACCAUAGUUCUUACCAGAGAGAAAUCUUUACUUAGAAUCUGCCCAAUUAAAUAUUACAGAAGAAGAAGGUUAGAGUUAUAGUUAAAAUACAUUCAUGACACCCACACAUUCCAUCUAUCUAAUAUCUGCUACAUUGUGUAUAAUAAUAUUGGCUACAUUGUGUAUGUGCUGUGCGAUGUUAUGUGCAGCAUGUGUCUUACCAAACCUAAUCUAAUGUGAUGUCAGUAUCUUCUAUUUUUAAAGGAAUUGGUUCCCAUGUUGUAAAUAGCAAAUUCCUCAGCUCAAUUGAUAUGUAAAUGUGAUUUACUUUCCCAAGGCCCAAAGUGUUGUCUAUCCUGUUAUUUUAUUUAAGUGUUAACUCUCCCAGCCAUCCCUUUGCCUCUAACCCAAGGUGUGUUUUCCUAGAUAGGGACUCCUUUGAAGACCAGUUGAUCUGCAAAUGUGAUUGGUGCCUUUCAGGUGCUGUAUCUUUCCAGCUAUCUAAACAGAAACUCCCUUUGAAGCUAAUUCCUGACCUCCCAUACACACAGCCUUAAUCAAGCACAUAUUAAACAGAUAUAUACAUAAUAUUUUCCCCAACACCGGUAAGAAGUCAAACGGUUCAAAAAUGAUUUGACUACUUACAAAAGGGGACACCAGUGUGCUUCUAGGACCAUAACCAAACACAACAAGCUUCAGUGGUUAUGGUGCUUGGAGUGUUCCUUUAACAUUUAAAAAAAAUAAAAUAAAAAUUAUUGCUCCAAAGGUGAUCCUUUUUGGUUUGAAAAUCCUUUCUUCAGUAUAACAUAUAGCUCAAAUAAACAAAGUUUGUGAGUUACUACUGCUACUUUGUUAAAAUGUAAAAAGUAAUAUGUUAACUAAUUUUUUUUAAUUUAUUUUUUAUUUAUUUAUUUUUUUAGUGUCUGCUGAUUAGGAAGUAAAAGUUAUUAACUGAAUUAUUUAUUUGAACUUCGGCUUAUGUUCUACUUUUGGAGACUUUCAAUCCAAAACGUUCAUUGUUGUGUCACCAGUAAGAAAAAAAGAAACCUUCUAUACUUUAACCACUGUGAGUACAGGGCAAUUCAAUUUUGUUUAUCAUUAUAAAUAAUUGUCUACCCAUUUUUCUGCAUGAUGUUUUCUAUUCAUAAAGUCCAAUGUCUGCCUUGAUAUGAAUGAUAUUAAAAGUCGUUAACUAGAAAAUACGCUGAUCAGCCACAACAUUAAAACCACUGAGAGGUGGUGUAAAUAACAUUUAUUAUAUUGUUGCAUUGGCACCUGUCAAGGGUUGGGGUAUAUUAGGCAGCAAGUGAACAGUUAGUUUUUUUUAAUUCAGUGCGUAAUACUAGUUAGACAACUGAGUCAGAGCAUCUCCAAACAGCAGGUCUUAUGUGGUGUUCAAGGUAUGCUGUAGUUAGUACCUACCAAAAGUGGUGCAAGGAAGAACAACCAGUAAACCCGUGUCAGGGUUAAGUCUCAUUGAAGCACAUGGGGGUGAAGGCUAGCCCAUCUGGUCCAAUGACACAGAAGAGCUAUUGUAUCUCAAAUUUGCUGCAUAUGGGUCUGUGUUGCCGCAGACUGGUCAGAGUGCCAAUGAUGGUCCACCGCCAAAAGCACCUUCACUUGGAACAUGUGCAUCAGAACUGGAGCAUGGAGUAAUGGGAACAGGUUGCCUGAUCUGACUAAAUAAGUUUUCUUUAAGAUCAGGUGGAUGGCCAGGUGCAUCUGCUUUGUUUACCUGGGGAAGAGAUGGCAGCAUGUUGCACUUUGGGAAGAAGGCCGGCUAACAGAUCAAUGUUAUGCUCUGGGCAAUGGUCUGAGGGGAAAACUUGGCAUUCAUGUGGAUGUUACAUUGACACGUACCACCUACCUAGAAAUUGGUAGCCUCCUUUCUGACAAUAUAUGUCUGAUGGCCUCUUUCAGCAGCAUAAUGCACAAUGCAAAAAUUGUUCAGGAAUGGUUUGAGGAACAUGAAAAAGAGUUCAAGGUAUUGCCAUGGCCUACAAAUUUCAAAGAUCUCAAUCCGUUUAAGCAUGUGUGGGAUGUGCUGGAACAACAAAUUUGAUCCAUGGAGGCUCUCCUCACAACUUUCAGGACAAUGAGUAUCUGUUGCUAAUGCCUGGUGCAAAAUACCACAGGACACGUUCCAACACAAUAAUUGGCAGGUGCUUUCAAUGUUGUGGCUGAGCAGUGUAUAAGCUUUAUUUAAGAACUGAUGUGUAAGACUAAAAUAACAGGGGGGUGGGGGGUGUUCAGAAAACUGAUUUGAGCUUUCACACCAGGAUCCUGUAUGGAGCAAUCAAAUGGUUAUUUUCAUUAUUGCUCCUUAUCUUAUGGAGCUGAUUUGGGGCAUCUCCCUGGGGUCUUUCCUGCUCCUCACUGCUCCCACGCGCGUUUUAGUGAUGCCGGGUGCCGGAAUAUGAUGUCAUAUUCCGGCGCCCGGUUUCACUUCAGACGGGGCGCGCGAGGGAGCAGUGAGGAGCUGGAACACUGCACUCCCUCGCUGGCCACAUAAGUGUUAGCAGAGUAGGCACCUUCAAAAUGGGGAAAGCAGGUGCCUACUCUGCUAUAACACCAGCAUGUAUUUGCAGCUCGCCGGGCUGCAAAGACGGUCCUUGUGGGCCGCGAGUUUGACAUGCUUGAUGUAGAAGGAAGAUAAUGUAGAAGGAGGGAAAGUGAUUAAGUCGAUGAAGAAGGUAUGUUAUUGGUUGUGGUUGAAAUCCUAGAUGGUGACAAAGUGUCACAUAAAGGCAAGGAAAGUAUAAUAGGUAAAUGUGAAUAUUAGUUAGAUAAAGGUUGUGCAUGUGUACAGAGAAAAGCGCGAAUAUAGGAAAUAGCAUGUAUAAAACAAUCCAUUUUACAGGAAGGGACACAGAACACGCAUUUAUGUUAUUGAGUCAGUCAAGAGCUGUUUAAUGAAUUCACAUAAAUCAAAACAUGUAUGGAAUAAUUGGUGACAAGAGACAACAGAGGUCUUGUAGAAUUCUAAAGGUUACGAGGUUCUAAAUAUUGUGUUGCAGUUCCAGAAAAUUACCUAGAAAAAGAUCUAUAUAUAACAUUUGUACGUUUGAAAUGUAGAAACAGAAUGUUCUUUUAUUGUCAAAAUGUUAUCAUUCUUAACAUGCUGUUUCUUUGGAUAGUGGAAAUGAGAACCAAUGUCAAUAUAAAUCUAGCUGUUCAGUAUCUAUAGUAAUUAUUGCAAAUAAAAAAUAAGUUAGGGAGUGGUAAUUCAAAAUACAUUUUUGUGUUGGCUCUUCGUUUUAAGGGAACAUCUAAAAAUACAAAAAAUAAUAAAACCAUUGGGGACAUGAGUCAGGUGCAAGGCAAUCGCCAUAGGUGACAAUACUUCAUAGAUGCUUUAGCAGUGUUGUCACACCAAAUAUUGAUGAGAUUUAUACUUUUCUUCUGAUCACUCAGCCUUGCUUUUCCUCUGUUGAAAAAAAUAAACUAUUAACAUAUCUAUUUUUAAAAACUUUCUUACUUUUCAGCCUUUUUUUUUUUUUAAAUCACCUGCCUAAAACAUUUGCACUGUAGUGUACAAUAUACAAUUAUUUAUUUUUACAGCAAUUCAGUAUAAUAUUGCAUGGAGAAAAAAAUAUUACUUGUGGAAGAAACAUACAGUUUUCCUUGCAAAAAAUAAAGCCUAUUUUUUUUUUUAUUCCCUUUCUACAGAGUACUUGGUGCUAUACUAUGUGUGGUGCAAUAAAGAGGAGGUUUUUGCUGCUCUAUGGCACACAACAAGGGCAGGCUAAAGCAAUUGCUGAGGAAAUAGGCCAACAGGCAGAUCCGCAUGGAUUUGUUGCUGAUAUUCAUUCACUGAAAAAUGUGAAUAAGGUGAGGUAUUAGUAGUAAUGGUGUGUGUCAGUAGACAGUAUUUUUAAUAAGCCAAACAAUACGUGAGAUACAAUGAUUUUAGUGGUUGAUUUUCUGACAUACUUGUUUCCAGAACAAAAAACUACAAAUUUUUUUUUUACCCAACUGAAAUGUGAACACAUGUUCUUAAGUUGCUGUAAUGCAUGCAGAGUAGAACAGUGAAAGCUUUUUGUUAAACCUAGUAAAUUAAAUUUUGAGGAUAUUUAGAAAUCUAAAAUGUAACAUGUCACAUUCUAAUCAUUCUAUAUUUUUGGCAACUGUUGUAGGCAUGUACCAUUUCACUGUGACCAAAUUUUGUGCAUAGACCAACAUCACUUUUCCAGAGCCAGUGCCCAUACAGAUUAUCAGUUGCCUUUCAAAUCGACAACCAUUGCCAAUAUUUUGUACAUUUACAGUUUAAAAAAACCCACAAUUUCUACACAAAUUGGGCAUUAACUGAACAUGUUUGUUGCAGACUUCUUUUACUUGUGUUCGGUUAUCCGUACCCUCUUUUUGGUCUCCCGAAUGACUGGUGUGUGGUCUCCCUUUUAUUAAUGGGUCCUUUUAGACAUCCAGAACCUUUUAGACAGCUACCGACCCCUUCCCCAGCCACCCCCUGCGUGUACUGCAGCGCCGUCCUUCACACCACCCCGAAACCCGCCAGCCUUGGAGCCAACACCGAGGGGGGCCGCCCCAAGCGGGCAACAAAUGCCACAACUGCCAUCAGCCCAGCCACUUCAGGAGGGAUUGCCGCCAGUCCCGGAGCCGACCCCGGUGGGUUAGCUCUGUGGCCCCCCUGGCCCCAUGAGCUGUGGCAGCCUGCUGUUACCAGGUCGCCACCACGUACCCCCCAGGCCACUCAGAAGAAGCCUGGGCCAUCCUGCAUGAAGCGGACCCCCUCCAAGCCGCAACCAACAACUGGGACCACCAUAGACAGCUGGUCAGGUUGAAUGGGCACCCCGUACAGGGCCUGCAGGACACUGGAGCCACCUUGACCCUGGUGCAACAUCAGCUCAUCCCCGAGGCAGAGAAGUCCGGGAGGAGCGACACAGUCCGGGUAGCCGGGGGAGCUGUCUACCGCUCACCUUGACUGGGGCGCAGGAGAGGAGAGUAGAAGUCUGGCUCAUGUCGAGCUACCAGCGGAGGUGCUCCUCAGCAACGACUUGGGCCACCUCACCACCUCGUAUGUGCUCCCCGACGUUCCGGAAGAGACCUACCCAGUGAUGACCCGGCAGCAAGCCCGCACCACCCAGAACAGCUUACACCCUGCGGUUCAGGUAGGCACACAUACCCGUCCCCGUGCCCCAGCUGCCCAUAGUCGUCCCCUGUCCCCGGCCCUCCAUGCUCGUCCCAUUGCCCCAGCCUUCCACGAACCUCCCUGCCCACCGGUACCAGGAGGGAAUUGGUCUCCGGUCUUACCCUCAAAACCUAUAGGAGUUGGGUGGCCACUAGUGCAGAGGUGGGGGUGGGGGGCGGAGGGGGGGGGGAACAGUUUAUCUGAGAGCGGGCUUAUUAUAUCGCUUAGUGGUAAAAGUAGGCAGAGGAACUGCCCAUAUUACCACUAUGCUGCUGGUAGUGCCCAAGGAAUACCGCAGGGAGCUAUUGAAGAUGGCUCAUGACAUUCUCCUGGCUGGGAAUUUGGGAGUACUAAGCAUUGACUCGCCCAAAGUUUUUUCUGUCCAGGCAUCUCCAACAACUUGCGGCGGUAUUGCCAGUCUUGUGAUGUCUGCCAGAGAGUGGGAAAGCGGGACGAGAGGCACAAGGCCAAGCUCCAGCCCCAGCCCAUUAUUGAGGACCCCUUCGGCAGGGUAACUGUCGACAUCAUAGGUCCCCUGGCUAAGCCUAGUCCGUCUGGGAUAAAAUGCAUCCUGAUCAUUGUGGACUAUGCUACUCGGUACCCUGAGGCAGUCGCCCUGAAAAAUAUUCAGGCAGAUACUGUAGCCAAAGCCCUGAUCCGAGUGUUCUCCCGGAUGGGUUUUCCCUGGGUUUUACUGCUGAAAUGACUUCCUAACUGUGGAGGUUGUGCGGCAUUAAACCCACCCUGAGUUCCCCAUACAACCCACAGACCAAUGCCCUGUGCGAGUGCUUCAGUGGCAUGUUGAAGCAGAUGCUCUGUACCUUUGCAGAGACUCAUAAGGAUUGAGAAUGAUUCCUGCCACAUCUCCUGUUCACCUAUUGGGAGGUGCCCCAGGAAUCUACAGGGUUCUCUCCCUUCGCACAGAUGUUCAGUAGGAGGGUUAGAGGGCCCCUAGAUCUGGUUCGCAAACACUGGGAGAGGGGAGGGGAGCAAGAGUGGACCCCCAUCGUCCCAUAUGUUUUGGAACAGGCUGGAAGAGCUCACCCACCUGGUGCGUGGGAACCUCCAGGCGGCCCAGAAGGGCCAGCACACCUGGUACGAUACGUUAUAAUGCUCACACCCUACCACGAGCGGACUGAGGAUGUGGUCGCCAUAUGUGCUCCAGGCUCAGAAGAUUUUGGCAAUCUUCCCCUGUCUGACCUCGAUGACGGAGUUCAGACCAGGUCCAUAGACAAGGUCUGCCUCAGAGAUAGGCUGACCGAAAGGCAACGCCUGCAAGCACUGCUGAUGCUGUCAGCCAAGAGGGAGGUAUUCUCUAACCUGCCUGGGUGCACCCCCCUGAACACCCACAGGGUAGAGACCCCUGACCAACUGCCUCUGAGGCAAACACCAUACCACAUCGAUGUGACAAGACCAAUCUCGCCACUGUGCAUUGGAGGAGCCUGGUUGCCCGCCUGCUGCCUUUAGACUAUGGCCCCAUGUUGAAACGCUUGAUUUUCCCCUGCAAAGACACGAAAGGCGGGUCAUUCAGUACUUGCCCUAUUUGAACAGUGUUACCCCAGAUAGCUAUGCCAUGGAGCCCAUUCGUAUACCGAAAGACUAUGUGAAAGACUUUGGCUCCAUGGCGAUUGAACUGUAUGUAUGUGAUCUGAGCGCCAUUCGGUAAUAAUGUGCGCUCAGAUCUAAGCUAUCUGGGGAUAGGUUGAAUGUACCUGUUUAACGCAGUAGCUGCACAGUUAUAUAUAUUAUGUAUUUUAUUGUCUUUUGCUACCAUGUGUUCAGUGGAGUUUUGCCUCUGUCCUUGGAGAUAAUUGAAUUACUUCCCAAUUAUCUCCAGGAUAGAAAACUCUGUGGAACUGUUUUUUGGUAGAAAAGCAAUGCUUCAUUUGGUCACAAAGGAUUUCGAUCUAUCUUUUGAACCACUGGGCCAAUUUGGAUGAUGUUGACAUAUGUUUGUAUUUGGAGUAUGCUGACUCAGAAAAUUUUAGGUGAAUGUGAUGUAUACUUUUAGAGUUAUGAAUAAUGUGGAAAAACUGUAUUUCUCUGCCUGUGAUAAUUAGUUUAACCCAUUGUGUAAGGUAAUUGUAUCACAGGCAGAGGGGAGGAUUUUGUGUGGGAGCGUCUGAGUGUAUUGUACGUGUUUAUUGGUUGUUUUACAAAACCGUGUGGGUGGUACUAAUGUGUAAGAAUGUGUAUAUAAGAACAAUAAACCCACAGCUCUGUCUGUUCCUGCUUGACCCUCAAAACGGAGCCUUGUCUCGUUCUUGGGGGGAUUUAUUGUAUGCUGUUCCAGUUUGACUGCUAGGAGUGUAAACCUAUUUGUAUGGUUUUUCCUAUUCGGCUGUUUACAGCAUUCGUAUGGUUCAGGUUCAGCUGUUUACGGCAUUCGUAUGGUUUCCUGUUUGGCAGAUUGGUGUCUUUGGUAGCUGCCUGUGUAUCUGGAAGUGGAAUAUCCUCUAAACGGCGUUUAACUCCUUUUAUGCCCGCAGUGCCAUUACAACAUCCCAGAGGUGGUUUGGGAGAAUAUGAGGCAGGAGAUCCAAGAGAUGCUCCGACUAGGGGUGAUGGAACCGUCCCAGAGCCCUUGGGUCUCCCUGGUAGUGCUGGUCCCGAAGAGAGACUAAACCAGACUGUAUAGAUUACCAGAGGCUCAAUGACAAGACGGUCUCAGACGCUUGCCCUGUAUCAACGAGCUAUUAGGAUGGCUCGAGGCCAAUACCUCACCACGAUAGAUUUGUGUAAAGGAUACUGGUAGAUCCCCCUAACCACGUAGACCUUCGUCAACCCAUUCGACCUAUACCAAUUCAAGGUAAUGCCAUUUGGGAUGAAGAACAUUGUGGACAAUUUCCAGAGGAUGGUAGACCGGCUGUUAGAUGGCCAUCAGGAGUAUGCGUGCACAUACUUGGAUGAUAUAGCCAUCUACAGCGACACCUGGGAAGAUCCCAUGUGGGGGCAGUGCUAGACGAUAUUAGAGAGGCGGAAUUGACCUUAAAGCCCAGUAAGUGCCACCUGUGGAUGGCUAAAGUAUAGUACCUGGGACACCGGGUAAGUGUGGGGAACAGAAGCCCGAGCCACCUAAGAUAGAAGCAGUAGCUAAUUGGCCCUGUCCCCGCACGAAGAUCCAGGUUAUCCAGUUUCAGAGAAACUGCUAUGUUUAUAAUAAUGUUAAUCCAGCCUCUAGUGGCUGUCUCCUUGAUAGUCGUUAGAGGCGCUUCCGCGUUUCUCACUGUGAUUUUCACAGUGAGAAGACGCCAGCGUCCAUAGGAAACCAACCAGGUAAGCAGAAUGGGAACGCUGACGGGUUGUCGAGAUAGACAAAGCAGGAGAAGUGAUCUGUGAGUACUUCCCCGGACAUCCCCAAGCUGAUCCGAUCCGUUGCGAUGACGGCUUGUGGUUAAAGGGGAGCUGUGUGGCAGAACUACUGUCUGUUAGUGGAUUUCCCCUCUCUUUCACAUGUAUUUACGUUUGUUAGGCCCGCUCGUUUGGGAGCGCUCCCACAAAGGUGAUUCAUUCACCUUCCGAAUGGGGACCACCACAAUAUCUCAUUUAGAAUGUUAGUAUAGAAUGUUCACACUUCCCAAACACCUCGUAACAAAAGUUCUGAAACCACAAACCACAAGGGAAACAAUUAAUGAGUGCUUCCCAGGGUGGCCGCCAUUCGUACAGACUAACGCCAUCCAGGGGGAGCAUUCAUACCCUGAAAGGAGACGCUUCCCUUGUCUGGGUUUCCCACCAGGACCUCGCAAACGGAGACUAGUCGAUCAAGGGAGCGAGGUGAGGAUCCCUGCCACUGGCGAGUUUUGGCGGGCUCUCAUGAGCCUGAGGGACAAAGAGACCAGCUCUUUUCCCGCGGGUGGACUUUUCUGUGCCUGGGAGACAAAGGGACGGUCCCUUUUUCCUGUGCCUAGACUCCCAGGCACAGAAGCUCUUGGGAAGAAGACCCCUGGCGGUUAGUGUGGGGAACCCUGGGGACAAAGGGAACGGAGUCCCUUCCCGCACGGGACCUCAGGGAAGGGUGAGGAUUGUUGGAUGUGUCUGCAUAUGUGUGUGUGUGUGUGUGUUCCACCCCUUGCAAUGGGUAUGCAUAAAAGUAGUGUGUGACCAAUAAAAUUGUGUUGUGCCUCCAGGACUGUGUGUCGUCCGGUUACUGGGGGGGAAAUGGGUCGUUUGACACUCUUGAGUGGCUCCUGAGCAGCUGAAGGCAAGGAAUUAACGGAGGUAAACGGUCGGGUUACCUGUGAUCAGCUACAUGAACUACUGUCUGGGGGAAGACACAAAGGCUUGUAUGCUUGAAACCGCUGUAUUCUUUCUAUGCAGACCAUAAUCAUAGAGGCCAGUGCAUAAAAGUGUGUUGCAGAAUAAAGUUCAGUUGUACUCCCAGAACUGUGUCGUCCAGUUACUGGGAAGGAGGUGGGCUAUUCACUUUUCAGUAUCUUGUUCCUGAGUUCCAAUAUCAAUGAUCCAGCGGAAGAAGGUCCAGGUCAGGACUAGUGCUCCGCUACAAUGCUCGUAGCAAUCAUACUCCUUUCACUCUCAGGCAGCCAGUACAUGCUGAGAUCGGUGAUUUCAUGUGUUUUGAGUCUCUAUUUGACAGUAAUAAAUGCAUCCUUAAUUAUGAGGCCUUGUGUAUCCACUUACUUUAUGCUCUUUGUUCAAUUUAUUCACAGUGAUCGUUCCAUACCUCCCUCUCUCUUCACAUGUUAGAUGGACAAAGAGGGACAUUUUAUUUUUCGAGGUGUGGCCAGGGACUUGACUGCUUUGAGAAAUUACAGUUUAUUUACAAGUAACAAUGUAUGCAACUUAAAUGUAAUUUAGAACAAUAAUGCAUCUUAUUUACACAGACUGAUCUGUAAAUGCAUUUAUUGCAGGUUUAAGACACAUUACUGGGAGUUUCAUUGCCUUAGAGCUUUUGUUAUAUACCUAGACACACCAACAAACAUAUGGAGCUCCUAGAAUAGAGGGACAGAGGGACUUGGGCCUGACAAAUGUACUGUUCCUCUUAAAUAGGGGUGUGUCAUUCAGGGUAUAAGUGUCUGAGUUGCCAUUUGGCAAUAGCUAUGAUACCCUAACGUGCAAUAUAUCGCGACUUACUGUGUGAUUUUUUAUUUUUUAUUUUUUUUUUAUCUGAUGGUGUACAGUGAAAACUUCUGGUACAUGCACUUAAGUCUAGAUUUGACUGUAACAGCCUGUCUAUUUAUUAAGUUCCAUGUAUCCAUUCACUUAACGAUCUCUGCUGCACUGUUUAUGUACAGUGACUAUUCCUGGUAUACUGGUAUAUAUAUGUUAAAGGGUCACUCCACUGCCCAAAUACAAAAUAAAUAAAAAUCACUGUUUAGUAAAUAUACCACAAAUGAAAACUUGCAUGCAUUUAAUUAUGUAUUUUUCAUUGUGAAUAUACCUAAAACAGCUUGCAAAAACUGUAGAUCUCUUGUCUGCUGCCUUUGCAAGCUCUCCCCUUCUAACACCGCCCAAACUUUCUGUGGCUGUCCAAUCACAGACUUCCCAAUACCGCUCAAUCAGAAGUCUUUAUAAGUCAGAUGACCUGGGCAAUUGCUGCCUAUUGAGAUCAGCUGCAUUGAGCUAACAAAACCAGGAAGUAACAUUACCUGUUUUCUGCUUAAAAGCCAAGGGGGUGUAACCCUGUUAAUUUAUAAAAGUGUCAAUUUCUUUUGAAAUCUGCACUUUUUGAAAAUUUAAAAAAAGAGGAUGCAUUCUUCACACGUUGUUGGGAAUAAUACACUUUGCCUAUAUUUACCCAAGGUUCAAGCUACAGAUUACCGGAUGAUCAGUUUGUUUAAAAUUGGCUAACUUGGAACAUGUCAGCUAUUUGAAAUAAUAUAUUUUAUCUAUAUCCAAUGCUUAGUGAAUAUACCCCUAGACAAGCGCUGUAGAACAUUGUGUAACAGGUGUUAUAUCCUGUAUGUUUCUGCUGUUGGCUUUAUUUCCUGUGUUUCUCCCUUUAGAUCAUAACUGCAUAGUAAUGUGUAAUUUAGAUCUACAUAGUAAAUAUCUUUAAUUCUUAGUGCGAAUGAAUAUUAAUUUGAAGUGCAUAGUUAUAGUGAAACUUCGCUUUGAACAAGACCCGAACAUGAAGAUACAUCUGCAAGCUUGCUAUAGGUUUAAGGGACACUAUAGUCACCCAGACCACUUCAGCUCAAUUAAGUUGUCUGGGUGCCAGGUCCCCCAGGUUUUAACCCUUCAAAUGUAAACAUAGCAGUUUCAGAGAACUGCUAUGUUAACAUUGCAGGGUUAAUCCAACCUCUAGUGGUUGCCUUCCUGACAGCCGCUAGAGGUGCUUCUGCGACGCUGGAUGUGAAUUACAGAACGUCCAUAGGAAAGCAUUGAGAAAUGCUUUCCUAUGGGCAGUUUGAAUGCGCGCGCGCCGACGUCGGCGGGGGAAGAGAGGUUUUCUCUCUUUUUUUAGAUUUUCUAGAGACAUUUCCUGGGUCAGUGCUGCAUAGCACUAUAGGAGAGCAUUGGAUUGGCUGAGGUUUUCAAAUUUGGUAAUCUCAGUCAUGAAGGCAGGACUAGGUGGGGCCAGCUGCGGCAAGACUAGCGCCCCACUGGCGUACAAUCCCGUCUUUGAAAGGGUGACUCUAAACUCCGGAGGGUGGCAUAGUACACCCAGCCGUCCUCGCACGGUCCUUGACCCCUGUACUCACCUGGACCGGCGAGCCUGGUCCAGGGGGACUGGCCGAAACUUGAGCAGUCCCCCUGCAGCAGCUCCGGCCACCCUGGCCCUUCAGGGCAAUGUAAUCACCAUUAUCAAUAGAAGUCUGUGGAGCUGCCUGCAGUAGGACUGUCUGAGCUGUCAGGCAGCCCCCCUGACACUUAAAAAGUAAAAAAAAGAAUAAUAAAAUAAUCAGAUAUAUUAUACAUAUAUAAUAUAUGUAUAAUAUAGUAUAAAAUAAUUAAAGGACCACUAUGGGCACCCAGACCACUUCACCUUAAUGAAGUGGUCUGGGUGCCAGGUCCAGCUAGGAUUAACCCUUUUUUCAGCCUCUAGUAGCUGUCUCAUUUCAUUUUUACACACACAUUGCUUUUUGACUGAGAUUUAGGAGAGCCUGUUGUUGGUUAUUGCAAAAGAACACUCCAGGUUGUUUUCUGCAAGGCCUUCUUAGUACGCUCAUGCCCCCCAUGCAUAGCUUGGGACUUAUCACAUACCCCAGUUUUAUUUAUUGCCAUGAAAGUGUAUAUAUUUGAGACGUAGACACCCCGAGGUAUUGUAUAUGGAGUGCUUUGGUGCAACUGUUUUAGCCAAAAAACAUUGGAGAACGUGCGUGGUGGUAAUUGUUAAUUUAAAAUUUUUACACGCACAUUGCAUUUUGACUGUGAUUUAGGAGAGCCUGUUGUUGGUUAUUGCAAGAAAAUACUCCAGGUUGUUUUCUGCAAGGCUUCCUUAAUAACAAAAAAUGGACCACUGUGUGGUAUCGUUUGAAACAGUCCCCAAUGCAGAGUCCAGGCUGUCCAGGGCAAUCAGGACAGUGAUACACAGUAUCUUUUCUCUGCCCCCUCUUAAAACAGACUCUACAUCUUUUUUGGGGAUUCUGCUUUGCUGCAGUAGGGGGAAUUUUAAAAAUAAAAUGCGUAGCUCCAACUCUGCUCUCUUCCAUCACCGCCCGUAAAGCAGGUGCAUCACGGUAAAAAAUCCCUGAAAUGACCUGGAGCUGAAACUGUAAAAAAGUCAUUUGCAUUCCGGGGUUUGCUUUUUUUUGAACAACAAAAAAGUGUUGUGGGUUGCAAUCAGGUAGAUUGCAACUUUUUUGUACCAGGCCCUUGGCUUGCGUAUAAUUAGGCAGGGCUGCAGCAGCUGAUCUGCCAGAUCAACCCCACCCAUAUACUGGUUAUAGGCCUUGAUGCACACUGGCUUCCUUGUGCUCUCCGCUCUGCCACGUACAGAGACUUCCACAAUCCUCUCAGUGUGGUUGGUGGUAAGAAGGUACACAUCCUUCUUGUCUCUGUACUUAACAGCCAACAGCUCCUAUAGGCGCAGAACUGAGGUCUCACCCCUUCGUAGCCGGGUGCAUGCAAGUUGUCCUGGGAAACCUGCGCGGUUCUUUUUUAUUGUACCGCAAGCUAAUGUAUCCAAACAGUACAGUAGCCUGAACAAAGGGACAUGUGUAUACAAGUGGUACCUUUGUUCAUCAGGGGGAAUAUCAGGUCCCAGACAAUCUUGCCACUGGUUCCCAUAUCUUCUUGGCAACCUGGAGGGUCAAGGUGGCCAUCCUUUCCCUCGUACACCUGGAAGGCCAGAGUAUACCCAGUCUCGCUAUCACCAAGCUUAUACACCUUUACACCAUACCUAGAGCGCUUGGAAGGAAUAUACUGCUUGAAUCCCAGCCUUCCCUUAAACUUCAUCAGGGAUUUAUCCACACAUAUAUUCCUUCCAGGUUUAUAAGCCUCUGCAAACCUGGCAGCGAAGUGGGUAAUCAGGCGGUGGAUUUUAUACAGUCUGUCAAACUGGGGAUGCUCCCUAGGGGGGCACAGGCUGUUGUUGCUGAAGUGCAUGAAAUGUAACAUCAACUGGGCUACUGCUCCAGUAGGAGCGGAUGGAGGGCUUCUUUAUGAUGCCCAUCAGCAUAGUCAAUGCCCAGAAUCUUUUACAUUCUGGCACAUCAAUGGGGGCCCAUUGCUGCUUUGCCAAAAAAGAUUCAGGCUUUGCAGCAUGGUACUGAUCAGCAUAUAAAUUAGUUUGGGCGACAAUGUUCCCCAAUACAUCAUUGCCCAGAAACACCUCCAUAAACUGCUGAGGGCUAAAUCCUGCAACAUCCAAAUUGAUGCCAGGAUUUGCAAUGAAGGGUGGGAUACCAGGCCUCUGGCGAUGAGGCACUACCCACUCCUCAGCAGUACUGCCAGCUGGAGCAGCACGUCUCCUUCUGGCAGGGGGACUAGCAGGCACAGAUACAACAAAACUAGAUACAUCACUAGCAGCAGACACUGUAUCUAGUGAUGAUGUAUCUGAGCACCUGGCAGGGUCAAAAUAUGGGUCAGAUUCUGACAUAGACGCGUCAGACUCUAACGCAAGGAUAGCAUAUGCCUCAUCAGCGCUAUACCACCACUGUGACCCGUGUGACAUGAUCACAAUAACUUUUCUUGAUCUGUCACAAAAAAAUGAACCCCUAAAAAAUGCACAGACCGCAAAAUAAGUGCUGCUGUGCAAGAGCCUGUGAUAUAUACACUGAUCACUGGCAGGACAGGGGUUAAUAGCUCUGAAAAGAGCUUUUGGGUCUCACAAAAAAGAAAAAUUAAAAAGUAAUGAACCCCUAAAAAAAUGCACAGACAGCAAAAAAGUGCUGCUGUGCAAGAGCCAGUGACAAUCACUGGCAAGAUAGGGGUUAAUGGCUCUGAAAAGAGCCUUUGAGUCUCAAGAUUUUACAAAUCCUACCUAAAACUGCCUAAAUAUUUCUAAAUCUUUCUAGCUAAAGCACAAAUCUAUCUCCCUCUCCCACCAAAACGCAAGUGAAGAGAAGGAGGAAGAUCCACACUGAUCAGAUUCAAUAUUUACAAAUAUUGAACUGAUCAGACAAAUGGGGAUCGUAAUUGCAAACAAAUUGCUAAUUAAGCAAGCUCUGGUUGGAUGACCUUAGCCUGCCCCUAUGAUGAGGCAGGCUAGGGACACCUCCAGAAGCCCCAAGAUGCACUGCCUUUAGAAAGGCAGCACCAUCUUUGGAGCCACAUGGCUGGGGGAGGGAGGGUGGUUAUAAUAUAUUAUUUUAUUAAUUUAAAAUAAUUUUUUAAAAUAUUUAUUUCUUCACUGCGUGCCUCGACGCACUCAGCACAUUCAGAGCAUUGGGUGCCUGCCCAAUGGCUCAGAUGCUCUGCUUUAACUGCCGUCCACCCACAUGGAGCAACCCGGAAGUGAUCUCUGGGGGGAGCGAUCACCCGUGAUCUCCGGGUGCCCGGCACAAAUGACCAGUAUUGCACAAUGCCUCAACAUCGAGGCAUCGCUGCAAUACUAUCAGAGUGGCUGGAAGCGAUCAUGAUCGCUGCGGACGUACCAGGUACGUCCGAAGUCGUUAACGACCAUUUUUUGUCUGAAUUACCUGGUACGUCCGCGGUCGCUAAAGGGUUAAGUAUGUAAACGUUUGUAUACUUAUGUAUAUAGAGGCUUGAACAUUAGGGUUGUUUGGUGUCCUUUUUAGAGUACCAAGGUAAGAGAUUAGCUUGUAUCUUUUUCUCUCCUUAAGUUUAAAGGGCAAUCCAGACGUGGACCCCUUGCUCACGGUGCCUAGCGGGAUAUUGACUUUACCUCACUGAUGAUACCUUAGAAGGUUGAAACGAUCGUCUGGGGUUGCUGUAUCUCUCAUGCAGAGGUAACUUGAUGGCAUUUCAGAUCUGGACUGCCCCUACAGAUGUGACCAGUCUGAUAUGCUUCAGAUAUGUUCUCUCUGUAAUGGCACAAGUUGAGCUAAAACCAGCUUGAGAUCUGAGCGGGGACCCACUGAAGGGCAGGCUAAUUGAGCUGUUGUCCGUUCUCACCUCUCUUGCUACUUAUUAUUCUUAGCUUGUAUCUGUUUUAUCACGGAGGCAUUGCAAGUAACAAAGUUGGUGGUGGUGUGUGUGUUUCCCCUAUAUGUAUGCCUUAGUAAGAUACCAUUCUGGUAUGUAAGCAUUUAUAUUCUAUGAAACUGUAGGAGCCUCUAUGCUAGGGUAGCAUAGACCUAUAUCAGCCAAAACCACUUUAAUUUACGGACUCAGUACCCGUUACAGCGAAAUGAAGACAGAUAUAUAUAUAGAAUAGAAAAAGAUAUACAUAUAUAAUAUAAUUUUUUUUUUAAUUAUUAUUUUUUUACAACAUUGGUUUGCAAAUAGAUUUGCUCACUCUAGGUUAAUAGAAAGCACCUUUUGUUGGCAAACUACCUAUUAAUGUUUCAUCGUAUGCAGUUUAAUAAAUUCAGAAUCCAGUGUGUUGGAUAUUUUAAUAUUAUUCAAUUUAAAAAAAAUCAUAAUUCCAAUACAUUUUUGUAUUUUUUUUUUUUUUAUGGUACCCAGAACCAUUUUUUGUAAUGUGUUUUUAUUUUUUUUUAAAUAUAUAUAUAUAUAUAUAUAUAUAUAUAUAUAUAUAUAUAUAAUAUUCACCAAUCUGGCUCUUCUUUAUUUGUCUCUGUUUGUGAUAUACUCAGGGUUAUGCCCUAUCUUCUGGAUUAGGUGGUUUUAUCGACAUUUAGCUGGUGUAGAAACAUAGAAUGUGACGGCAGAUGAGAACUAUUCGGCCCAUCUAGUCUGCCCAAUUUUCUAAAUGCUUUCAUUAGUCCCUGGCCUUAUCUUAUAGUUAGGAUAGCCUUAUGCCUAUCCCACGCAUGCUUAAACUCCUUUACUGUAUUAACCUCUACCACUUCAGCUGGAAGGCUAUUCCAUGCAUCCACUACCCUCUCAGUAAAGUAAUACUUCCUGAUAUUUUUAAACCUUUGUCCCUCUAAUUUAAGACCGUCCUCUUGUUGUUUCCUCUUUAUGGGGAGGGAGCCUGCGUUUCUGUUUAUACUUGUACACUACUUUUAUUUUCUUAUAAAAAAAAAAACUAAGGUACAUCAAAAAAAACCAAGGAGAAAUGGAGAGAUGUAAAUUAUUACUUUAAAAUCAAAGUGACACAGUCACAUUAAUAUAAAAUGUUGGUUAAAAGAACAUUGGAAGCACUGUACCUGAAAAGUAUUGUCUAGAAAUAUGAAUGCAUAUUAAAUACUAAUAGCACAUGAUAGAAACCAACAAAUGUUUUCUAAAAUUCCUUUUGCUUCCGCUGUUAUCUUGCUAAUAAUCUUCCAUGAGCAUGUACAUUUUUAACAAAUAAACCUAACUUGCAUAAAAACAUUAUUUAUAAUAAAAAAGUAUUUUGAAUAUUUAUAGGCUUAAUUAUGCGUUUGCUAUUUUUGUGGUGGAUGUAGGUUUACUUGGUCAAAAAACAUAUGUUUAAUGAGUUGCCCUGUUCGGUUUUACAGUUCAAUUUGGAGAAAGAAAAGGAUCCUGUUGUUGUUGUUGUCUCUACAACAGGCACUGGAGACCCUCCUGAUGAAGCCUUAAAGUUUGUGAAGAAAAUCAAGAACAAGGAGUUAACAGAAGAUCAUUUUGCUCAUGUGAGAUAUGGGUUACUAGGUGAGUGCUGAAACACCAAAAAAAAAUUUCAUAACUCCUAACUUCUAAAUCUUAUUUUAAAGGGAACCUGUUAUGAAAUAAAACAUCAACUUUAGCUCUUUUAAAAGAGCUUAACAUUUCAUCUCUACAUAUAGAUUUAGAGGGAAAAAAAGAUUUCAAAAUAGGUUUUCUCAUAUCUGACUCUCAAUUCCUCAGCAGAUGCUAGCUAGGCAGUAUAUGACCACAUCACUCCAUUCAGACGCCAACACCGCCAGCGUUAUGACAUCAUGGAGGAGGUUUGCCCUGUUUGGGAAAGUGUGCCUGAGCAGGGCAAAUUAUCAAAGACCAGAUAAAGAGGGUGGACCUGAGGAGGGAGUGACAGAAGUAUAACACCCACCUCAGUAAGGCACUCUUUGCUGUGGAGCAGAGAGCCAGGUAAACCAUGCAGAUUUCCCUUAAAAACUUUAAAAAUGUUGUUUUAAUAUAUUGAAAAUUCCCUUUGUUCGUAAACUUUAUUGUAAUUCACAGUAAAUUAAAGUGUCUUUAUAAUUUAUAUGUAGCAAAUAGAAAUUUCAAGGGAUUCUCUAAGCACCAAAACAGUACUGUUUGGUCAGUGUAAAGCAAGUCCAUUUUAAAAUCAAUUGCAUUGUUUACAUUUUUGCCUCAAAAUGUUUGCACCUCCAGUGCACGUCUCUAGUGGCUUUCAAUCUGACAUGCACUGGAGGCGCACCCUUCGUUACAGACUUAAUUUUUCUUAGUUCUUCGCGGUAUACGUCCACAUGCCAAGCAUGACGACGCUGAAGAUGCCUAAGCCUUAUUAUAGAGAAGGGUUGGUUAAAUCCUUCAAUAUGAAAAUUAAUUCAUUGCAUCUCUAUAAGGAGAUGCUUAUUGGUACAGUGCAGCGCAGCGUUUUUCAGUUUUCCUAUGGGAAAGUAUUGGAUUGGCUGAGAUCGUCAAAUUUGUUAUCUCCGCUAAGAAGGCAGAGCAGGGGGUGGGCCAGCAGCGACAAGACCGGCAAGGCGCUACAGUAAAGGUACGUUUUUCAACUGAGGCAAUGGGGGGCAGGGAACCUAAACUUUGUUUUUGCAACUAUAGUGUCAGGAAUAUAUCUUCCUUUAAUUCUUCUAAGUAUAUUAAUGAAGUGGUUUAAGUCACAGUAGCAGUAGAAACAAAUAAUCUGGUGAUGUGCUUGUAGAAACAAAUUUUGCAUUGAGCCCAGAAUUGUUCACCCUCGCCUGGGGACAGAGUGCAGUAACGAUCACAGCGUGUUUGGAGACAAAAAAGUAUAAUAGGGCUCCAAAGAUUUUAUCCUUUUAAAACUGUGUUGAAUGAGCUCAAAAUUGAAUGCUUACAGUGUUCUGAGCAUUUGAUUAUGCUGUAAGUAUGUAGGUAUAUGGUGGUAUUAUUGCCACCUCGGAAUGUGAACUAAUCCCUGAUGCUGUCAGCUAGGUUCCAUGAGUGCAACACUAAAGAUCCUCUAUUUGAUAUUUUACAUAUUUACCAGAAUUACACUAUAGUCAAUGGUGCCAUUGGACUCUUGGUUUCAUAACCAAUAUAGUGCACUGUAGUGAAUAGUUGGUUAGAUACAGUGAGGGAAAAAAGUAUUUGAUCCCCUGCUGAUUUUGAACGUUUGUCCACUGACAAAGAAAUGAUAAGUCUAUAAUGUUAGUGGUAGGUGUAUUUUAACAGUGAGAGACAGAAUAACAAAAACAAAUCCAGAAAAACAAGUCUAAAAAGUUAAAUUGAUUUUCAUGUCAAUGAGUGAAAUAAGUAUUUGAUUCCAUAUCAAUCAGCAAGAUUUCUGGCUUCCCAGGUGUCUUUUAUAUAGGUAACAAGCUGAGAUUAUGAGCACUCUUAAAGAUCCUAAUCUCCUCUUGUUACCAGUAUAAAAGACACCUGUGCACAGAGGCAAACAAUCAAUCAGAUUUCAAACUCUCCACCAUGGCCAAGAUCAAAGAGUUGUCCAAGGAUGUCAGGGACAAGAUUGUAGACCUACACAAGGCUGGAAUACUCUACAAGACCAUCACCAAGCAGCUUGGUGAGAAGGUGACAACAGUUGAUGCGAUUAUUCGCAAAUGGAAGAAACACAAAAUAACUGUCAGUCUCUCUUGGUCUGGUGCUCCUUGCAAGAUCUCACCUCGUGGAGUUUCAAUGAUCAUGAGAAUGGUGAGGAAUAAAAAAGGUGUAGCGCUACAUACAGAUAUAGAGUCGUCUGAAUAUCUGUCACUCCAAAAAAUGGAGACCACAAUUGUGAAAUAGUGUCCUAGAAAAGAAAUUAUAAACUCAUAGUGUGACACUGUAAUCAAAUAUGAAAAAACAAAAGGUCUGAAUGGAACCACUCGCAUAUUACUGAGCUAAUAAACCUAGCUCAGGGGUAAAAACUCCUAGGUCCGUGAAGGCGACCUUUCCCCUUCUUUAGUAGACUUCUUUCCCACGCUGUUGCUAGGGCUCAAGCAGAGAGAAUAUAUGGUGCAGUAUGAUAUAGAACCAAUAUCAUAUAGAUAAUAUAAAUAUAUAUACUCACAAAUAUGGAGCCACUCUAUAGGCUCUUUUCCAGUGCAUUAUGUAGUUAAGGACUACACUCCUAUAUAGCAGGAACCAAUAGCCCAAUGUGAUCAAAUAUUUAUUGUAAGAAAAAAAGUAAAUUUAAAAUUCCAAUGGCCAAUUAGAAUCUGUAAAAAUACAAUACAUACACAUUUAUAUAUAAAAAGGGCAUAAAGGUGGUAUAUAAAAAGUCCCCAGGACGUGUUUUGCCAACUUAAAAUCGGCUUCCUCAGCUGGGUGUAAAGUGCAAUACCUUCUUUCUUCUGCUCGGAGAGCUGCUAUAUACGUUGUCCAUAAUUGCGGGAACGCCGCUCACCUGUUCUUUUCGGCGUGCUACUGCUGCUUCUAUCUUGGCGGGCACUGUGUGUGUUCCAAGCCUCUUUCACAUUGCAGUUUACUUCCGCGUACGUCAUAGUUUUCGUUAACCCCAUCGUAUCAUGUCCUCCUGCUUCAGAACAUCGAACUUUCCUUAUCGAGUAUUCUCAAGAAUAUAAACAUAUCGCACAAAUAAAAAAGAUUUUUAUUUUCCCACUUAUCCCAUAUUGUUCUCAUUUCUCAUGUUUACCAUAGAUAUUUCAAAGCUACACAUGCUAAAAAUUAUAUAUAUAUAUAUAUAAUUAUUUUUUUUAUUGCCAGAGCAACUUUGUCUUGGACUCAUUUACUCAAAAAAAUUUACUUUUAAAAAAUAUAUAUUACCUGUUAUGGCAACUGAGCAUUUGCUCACACUGGGAAUAAUUUUAGGAGAUACUCACUGAAUAUUGCCAGAGAUUUUAAUUUUAGAACAGUAUUUUCAAAAAUAAGAAUAAAACAUACUAGUUCAAAAACAUAUUGAAGUUUUAAUCUGUAAAAUUCUAAAAUUAAUUGCAUUAUUUUUCAUCUUUUUACGUUAACUUGAAAAUGUUAUUUUGAUACGGAAUGUUAUUUCUCUACUUGUUAUCAGCCUUAGGAGACUCUGAGUAUACAUACUUUUGUAACGGAGGGAAGAUCAUUGACCAGAGACUUCAGGAGUUGGGUGCAAAAAAGUUUUAUGGAACUGGUUAUGCAGAUGACUGUGUAGGGUAAGAUGGUUUGGUAUUUAUUUUAAUAUAAACUAGUCAGAAUUAACUUUUUUUGUUUUUGUAGUUAUUUUAAGAACUGCACUUACUUUAUUGUUUAAUUUCAUAUAAUCAUUCUAGAAAAGAGUGUGCUUUAAAUCUCAAUGCAUGCCUUCAGCCGAUUAAACAAUUUUUUACAUUUGAAGCUGUAGUUAGAGAAUGUUUAUCCAAACUGCUUUUUAGUCUAAUAUAUCUAACAUAUUUCAUUUUCAGCUUGGAAGUGGUGGUUGAUCCUUGGAUCGAAGGCCUGUGGGUUGCAUUGAAGAAAGAAAUUGCAUUAAGAACAGAUAGUCAAGAAAUGGAUACACAUACCGGGGACUUGACUAAUGUUGACCGAAAACCACCUGAUGUACCUGGAAAUCUGGAUUUGGAAAUACAGACCUUAAACCUUGAAACAUCCGUACUUCCAAACUGUUCAUUAAACCGAGAUGUUCAGUUAGAGACAUCUAAGGCCGCUGAGCCUUCUCUUGUCCACUCCGUUUCCUCUCUUUCUCAGUGUAGCCUUAAUGUGCCAGCUCUUUCCCCUCCAUUCCUUGAUGUCUUUAUUUCAGAUUGUGAAGAACAUGUGAGUGAAAACAAGAUGUGGAAUGUUUUGCUGUCAUGAGGAAAUAUUUAAUCAAUCUAGCAUUUUCAUAAUCUAUUAACGUUAAUAUAACCCAUUAUAGAAAUGUCCAUGUUGGUGGUGGCGGCUAACCUUGGUGCUGCAGAUGUUUUGUUUCCAAUUUUUCCAAAGCACGCACAGUAAAAUAAGUGAGACCAGUGGUGCCAACUCUGCAGUGCCAAGGUUAGGUAUCACUGAUUCAUGUUGUUAGAAUAACAAGUUCCAUUAACAGCAGUAAUAUCCAAUGAGGCACUGCAUUAUCAAUACCACUGAUGCUCCUUGCUUAGGAUUUAGUGUAAUAAGCUCCCUUUUCUUUUUUUCCCCCCCGAUAUCCUGUCCAAUAUAGUUGGAGAGAUUUCUAAACUUCACAGCAUAUAAAUGUUUGUCUUUGCCACUCUGAAGACGUAAGGAAAGCUGUGUAUGGAAUAGCAUAAAGAAGGACCAAAAUGGGGAUUCACCUCGAUAAUCUAUGCUUUCGUAUCCCUUUAUGUAUUUGAUCUUAAUUUAUUUUUUUUCUUGCACAUGCAUAUUUAUUUUGUCUUAAAUACAAAAACUUAUUUUAUUUUUUUUUGUUUGUUUUGGAUUACUCUAACUCACUUUUACUAAUUAAUUUAGGAGGUUGAUCCAUCUUCACUUUAUUCAGAACACAAGGUUUUCACAGUUCCUAUAACUCAUGCGGAGAAACUAACUGCAGAGGAUGCUAAGAAAACCACCUUGAUGUUGGAGCUUGAUAUUUCAGUAUGUAUAUUAUAUGAAUAUCUUGUUUUUAUGUCUGUGUAUACUUCUUUAAAGGUCUACAUCAGCGGUUCCCAGAAUUUGCGCCGCAGCACCCUGGGCACCACGACGUGCACACAGGGGUUCCGCGGAAUGUUUCCCCAGUGCUAUAAUUAUAGCACCGGGGAAACAUUAGUGCUAAACAGGGGCCUGGUCAGGUGCCACAGUCCUUUAAGACUGCGACUGGUCCCCUGUAAUGUCUGCCAGCUGGGAGGAAAUGACAGCCUGUUACUUCCUCCCAGCAUCAUGCAGAGAGACAGCGCAGGAGGCGGCAGCCGCAGCGUGGGGAAGAGGAGCACGAAGAGCUCCAGACCCCUCACUCCCACCAGCCGGACUCCAACCCAGCCUCCUGGCGCAUAAAGAAAGCUGACAGGAGGGUGGCUGGAGAUAUUAAAAAAAAAAAAAAAAAUUACUUGUAUGUGUCAGGGUGUGCAUCUGUGUGUGUGUGUGUGUGUGUGUGUGUGUAUAUAUAUAUAUAUAUAUAUGUAUGUAUGUAUAUAUAUAUAUAUAUAUAUAUAUGUGUAUGUAUGUGUGACAGUGUGCCUCUGGGUGUGUGUUUUUAUGUAAGUGUGUGUAUCUGUGUCAUGGUGUGGGCAAUUAAACCCAUACUGAAAUAUUAAGGGCGUCUUGAACCUAAAAAGUUUGGGAACCACUUUUUUUAACGUGUGUGUAGUUGCUCAAAAAUAUUGGCUUUGUGAUUUGGUACUGUAUAUUUCUCACACACAAUAAAAACAAACCGUGUUAUUCACUAAAGUCUGAAGGACAAAACCAUCUGGCUGCAUACAGGGCCAUUCAGAAUGCAAAAUACAGACGUUGCUGAUGGAAUUCAUCAGUGUUUGGGUUUUGUAAUUCAGGUCCCGAUUAGGCCUGAAUUUGGUCUGGAUUUCAGCUGAAAAUAAUGUGUGGGGAUAAUUUAAAUUAUAAGGAGGGGAACAGUGUCCCCUUCUCUGACUCCAGCCAAUGCUGGCAGGUGGGGGACCUAAUAAGUAUAAUGUAUAAUAAGGGGGGGGGGGGGGCAGUGUCCACUCUCCUGGCCCCCACUCAUGCCACUCAAAGCAAUGGGAGGCCUUUUUAAGUCCCCCAACUCCUCCAACUGGCAUCUUCAUAAUGACUAAUGAAGAAGUUGAAAGCUGAAAGUUCUAAGGCUGGUACAGCUGACAGUGGCGUGGGACACAUAAAGCAAGCUGUGAGGCAAGUGGGUUUAGAACUGCCUACAACCCAGUUUCUAUAGAUGCCUCAUCACACUGGAUACUUAGAUAAGGCCCCCCAGUAAGUAAUUAAGAGUGGACCUAAUAAUAAUAUUAUAAAAGGGAUAUGGAUGGAUUGAGGAGAGGAAGGGGCAUAUAGUAAGUCAAUAAUGGGCAUGUGACAAAGAGAUAAUACAAAAAUAUCUUAACACACAAAGUGUCAGUGAGGUCAAAUGUUCUAGGUAGCUCUCCUUAUUAGUGGGACAUCCCCAGUGUUUGAAAACCACUUUAAAAACACAAAACAAUAGUUAGAAAGAAUAGAGAUAGGGGGCACUGUAAAAUAAGUGUGAUAACAGAGGGGUAACAGAAUUGUUACUCACACUGGUUCUUCAUAUUAUAUGUACUACACCUAAAUAUAAAAAAUAAUGCAAAGCAUAAUACUCUAUGGUGGGUACACUCUUAUUAGUGAUGUGAAAUUCCAACUCAUCAUUUUCAGAGCCACGUAUAGUAGGCUCUGACUAUAACAGCAUGCUCAGCUAUCCCUUUGAAUGUAAGUCCACUCCUCCGCAGAUUUCACGGCUGGUCCCAAGAAUCAGCAAAAUAAUAAUGUGCAGGUUCGGAGUUAAAAUGCUUAAAAUUAGCUUUAAUAGAAAAUAAUAGAAGUGGAUAUAACAAUAAAAAGAAACAAUUACACUAACGCGUUUCGACCGAUGGUCUUUUUCAAAGUGUAUCUUCCGGUUGUCCAUUUGCUCUUUAUAUACCCCAUCGGAUCUCUUCUAUUAGGCGCCAGUUGGUCUUUUGCCGCCUUUUUUUGUUUCACGCCUAGUUUCAUUUCCGUCUAGACUUAAUGCCGUAUUUCCGCUUCCGUCUAUGUCUCCGUCUGAUGUCAUCUCUUUGCAUAGAUUCCGGAUGUGGUUCAUGACAGUGCCAUCUUUAAAAGUCCAGAUUGUUUUUUUUUUUUUUUUUUCUUAUAUAUAGUAAUACUGGCAAAUGUCCUUUACAGUUAAAAAGUCCAAACCAUAUUUAAAACUGUUGUAAAUACAUUUCAUACCUAUAAAAAAUGUCUGUGUGCAGAAGAAAUAUACUCGAAUCACUAUUAAAACAACUACAUACAAAAUACAUAAUUCUCAAAUAAAUCUUUGCUAUUGUAUACCUCCUAAGUACUUUUUUAAUAUAUUUAAGGACAUACUUUAUAAAGGAUUUUUCUAAAAAAACAAGAAGAGAAAUAGUUAGCAUUGAAUAGAUAUCAAAUAUGCAUUCCCUAAAUUUCCACAUAGCAUAUUUUAUCAGUGCACUCAUCUCGAAGUCACAGUUUAACCCGUUAAGGGAUAGAGUAUCUAGAUUGAAGAUCCAGCCCAUUUCACAUGUACUGAGGGCUGAAUCAAUGUCCCCUCCUCUCCAAUGACGGGUAAUAUUUUGAAUCCCAUAGAAUUUUAUCCCUUUGGGGUCUUUUCCAUGACAUUCUAAAAAGUGUAAGGAAACACUGUGGCUUUUAAUCUCUCUCUUGAUGUUAUAUAUGUGCUCUCGCACCCUAGUGGCCACACAUCUAGUUGUUUUACCCACAUAUUGAAGCCCACAAGGGCACUCUGUCAGGAUUACUAGUUGAUCCAGCACGUAGAAUUGUGUCACACAGAUGACUAAUAGGUAACGUAUUACCGGGCCUUAGAAUGGCUGGACUUAACGUACCAAAGAAUAGUCAGGAUACUUGCCAAGGUCAGGGGAUACAGAAAGAGACACAACGAUAAGAGAAAGCCAGAAGUCAGGGAUACCAGAAUACAGGGAAGUCAAAAUCAAAGCCAAAGUCAAAAACCAGAAGAAACUAGAAUCAGGAACGCGCUCUCUGACAACCACAAGGGAAACCACGACAGGGCACUGAACAGGAUGAGAACUGGGCCUAAAUACCCCUCCUCAAGAUCUAAUGGGCUGUAACCGGCCUUUGACCCCAAAGGCAGCUACCAGGUUUACAUUUGCAUAAUUGCUGCUCAGCAUUAAAGGACCACUCUAGGCACCCAGACCACUUCAGCUUUAUGAAGUGGUCUGGGUGCCAGGUCCCUCUAGGAUUAACCCUUUUUUUUUUUUUUAUAAACAUAGCAGUUUCAGAGAAACUGCUAUGUUUAUACUGAGGGUUAAUCCAGCCUCCAGAGCCUCUAGUGGCUGUCUCAUUGACAGCCGCUAGAGGCGCUUGCGUGCUUCUCACUGUGAAAAUCACAGUGAGAGCACGCAAGCGUCCGUAGGAAAGCAUUAUAAAUGCUUUCCUAUGCAACCGGCUGAAUGCGCGCGCGGCUCCUGCCGCGCAUGCGCAUUCAGCCGAUGACGUCGUGAGCAAGGAGGAGAGGAGGAGUACAGCUCCCCGCCCGGCGCUGGAGAAAGGUAAGUGUUUAACCCCUUCCUCUCUCCAGAGCCCGGCGGAGGGGGACCCUGAGGGUGGGGGCACCCUCAGGGCACUAUAGUGCCAGGAAAACGAGUAUGUUUUCCUGGCACUAUAGUGGUCCUUUAACCCUUCUCUGGAUUUGGUUGCUGCUUGGCACAACGUUUCCUGUGUGGACAGUAAAUGCCAUUAACCACAUUUUUAUCAGCGGAUGAAUAUGUGACACACUCGAGCACAUAUGUCACAUUCUUUGUUUUGCAUGUCAUAAACGACCUUAUUCCAUAUUGUUUCGAAUUGGAAUGGGCAGUAAAGGUGGUGAUUUUCUUUUCUUUGUUUUCCAAUAUUUUGCACCCCAUACAGUUCUUACCAUUAUUAAAGUCUUCUAGUGAUUCCCUUUGGAUAUUGAUAAAAUCUUUAUCAGGUUUUUCUAAAAAGCUUGUCGUUAAAACUUGUUUUAAGUUUUGUGCUCCCCUAUAUAUUAUUUUGGGUUUGUCACCUAUAUAUUGUAUCAUUUUGUCAUCUUUUUGUAAUAGGUGCCAAUUUUUUCCAAGAAUCCUCUUUAGUUGGGCAUGAUUUCUAUUAAAAUCAAAGAUUAGUGGAACUAUUUCUACAUUUUCCCCUUUUGAUUGUUUAUACUCCAAUAAUUCAUCCCUGUUCAUCUGUCUAACUUGGUCUAUUGACUUGUUCAAAUCUGCGUCUACAUAACCCUUUUCUAAAAAUUGUUCUUUAAGUACAUCCACUUGAAGAUCGUACUUUUCUAUUUGUGAACAAUUUCUCCUUAAUCUUAGGAACUGUCCUCUGGGGAUGUUAUCUAGCCAUGGAUGGUAAUGGCAACUGUCCUUCUCAAUGAAACUAUUUACAUCCACCUUCUUAAAAAAUGUGCAUCUUCCUAUUUUUUUUUUUUUUAAAUUCUUUAUUUUUCUUGUGCUUGUGGUUACAACAUGCUUGCAGCGCCACGACUGCGUGUACAAGCUAUUCAAUAUCAUACAGUGUCAUGGCAGAGUAAACAGCACAUUUAUAUUUUUGAGAUAUAACAGGUUUUGUACAAGUGGAUAGAAUUUUUAUAGCUAGUUUAUGCAUGCUAAGUUGAGCUGUGUUGAUAUGGUUCUCAAGUUACAGGCUAUGCAAGUUAACGACAGGUAUAGAUUUCUCUACACUGCUUGGAUUUAAAUUUAACCACCAGGGGGAAGCGAGCCUCUGAGUUUGCUGGAUAAACUGACAUGUAGGCUUAUCUAUUUUUAAAUGAGUUACAUGUGGGUCUGCUUAAUAGGGUCAGCUGCAAUAAUUCUAGACAUGACCGUAUGAAUAAAAACUAAAAUAGAAGACACAAAACGCUCUGCUGAACUUUUGAUUAUGAUUUUACAGGGUUAGCAAUCACUUAGUUACUCCUGCCGCUGUGUGGGGUCGGCUGGUGUCCUGGCUGUAAUCAAGUCCCUGGUGUUCCCCGCUGGUUGCUUGAGUGCCCAGGCACUUGUUGGCCAGGAGUACGUUUGGUCUCAUGUCUGCUGGCUUCAGCCUCAGGUGUAAAAAAGAGGCUUGUUGCCUAUGUCCGUUGCACUUCUGUGCUCAUUCAGGGUUAUAGUCCCAAGUGAGUCCUUGCAGAUCUGCCGGAAACCACGUGAGAUGUUGCCUCAGAUAAUGCAUAAGCUGUGCUUACAUGCUGAAUGUGCCCUCCUUAGAGUCGUCCGGCGGGUGGAAAGAGUGUGUCGUUGUUUGCGGGCCACUGUCAUUGCCAGGUGUUCUGGUCCGCAUCGGUUUCCAAACAGUGCCCAGCAGUUGCUCUAUUGCUGCCACCUCCAUUCUCCAGCUAGUGAGGGACGCGGCGGCCAUCUUGGGUUUCGCCAUGCGGUCCCUAGUGUUUCGGUUCGCCGCCCAAGCGUCAUGAGUGGUCACUGCUUCUCCGGUGGGGUCCGGGAUAACCCCCCCUGGCCCACGGGGGGGAGAACGGGGCCCUCAGUAGGCGUGCGAGAGGUCCCGCCAGACAAAGCACGGGAGACCGGCCGCAUCUCCCGCCAGAGCCUCGCGACAGGCCGCAAUCCCAGCUGCCCAGUAAUCAGCAUCGCCGGUAGGAUGGGGGUCGGUAUAUGCACCAGGAGUUGUGCUCAGGUCCCCUGUGUCGCCUACUAGCAGCUGUGUGGCUUUUUCAGGGGGGGAAGAGUAAUUUGAAGCUGGAUGUGUAGGUUUCACGGAGGAGCAGAGCUGCUCCACGUCCAUCCAGCUUGGUGGUCAGGCCCUGCCCCCCGCAUCUUCCUAUUUUUAAAAGGACAGUCUAGGCUGGAAGUGACCCCUUUUUAAUAUAUUAUACAGGAAACGCUAUGAAAUAUUUAAAAAAGAAAAAUAUACUCGCCUUUACAGUUCUGCAACUGAUUGAAAUCAAACAUGCAAAAACAGUGAGAUCUUUCUAGAUAAAGACGAAAUUCAACCACUCAGGAGCCUCUCAAUAAGGACUGUUUUGUUUUUUUUGUUGUUUUUUUUUUUGUUUGUUUUUUUGUUUUGUUUUUUCCAGUAUGAACUGCUGAAUAUGUUGAUAGUAGCCAUAACAUGGUUACAGUCAGUCUAUCGACAACCCCAUUAUGCACAGCAUUCACUUGACCCACUCAUUUAAAUUUUGCUUUUUUCGUUUGGCAAUAAUGUCUUUAAACCAAUUUAAAUGCAUGAUUAUGACUACCAUAUGACAUGAAUAGUAAAUUGGCUAACAAUGUGUCAUAUUUUCUUUGUAGAACAGUGACAUUCAAUUACAGCCUGGGGAUUCUUUUUCUAUUAUUUGCCCAAAUCCUUCCUCUGAAGUUAAUGAACUACUUAUGAAAUUUGGACUCUCAGAAAAGAGGAACUUUCAAAUCUCAUUAGGAAUUAAGUCUGAUACAAAAAAAAGAGGUACGUUUCAUAUAUCAUUUUAUUUGUGUUUUUAAAGUGAAUAAUGUAUCACAAAAUUGGCUGUAUAUCACUAUUACCUGGGUAGUAGUGAUUGCUGUCCAAGUUUAAUAUUAUUAAAGUGAACCUGUCAUGACAGAUCUAAGUUUGCAAAUUUUGAACCAUCUGAAUUGGCUCAUGCUAUACAAUAAUGCUGGUACGAUGUAUAGAUGAAAUUUGAUUCUCUAUCAUUUAAGAUGAAGUUGUAUUUGUAAUCAAAGGUACUCUUUAAAUUUUAAUGCAAGUGUAGGCGCCGCAACAGGCUCACAGGGGUGGCAAAAUGUUUCACUGGUGCAAUGAUCGCAUUGUGAAAUAUUUCUGCUCAAUAGGGGCCUGGUCGGGUAUCGUGACCCUUUAAGACUUUUACCAGGCCCCUGUAGUAUCGGCAAUGCUGGAAGAAAUCCAUGCAGGUCUCCGUGGGGGCCCGGUCGGUGCUGCGGCUCUUUGGCAGCAUGGCUGGGUCCCUUUUAAUAUUUGCAGAUAAUGCUGGGAGUAAGUGACUGCAGACUCUCAUCACCAGCAGCCAGCCCCAGGAACUUGUCUCCCUGCAUCUAAAAGGUAUAGAAGCAUGGGUGGUGGUAAAUAUGUAAAUUGUGAUUUGUGUGUGUACUAGUGUGUGUAUCUGUGAUGGCCCGUGUGUAUCUCUGUGUGUGCCAGUGUGUAUCUCUGUGUGUGCCAAUGUAGGUAUGUGUAAGUGUGUGUGUGUGUAUGUUUCUUUUAGUGCCAGUUUGUGUAUGCCGGUGUGUAUGUGUGUGUGCCAGUGUGUGUGUGUAUCUCUGUGUGUGACUAUGUAUGAGCGUGCAUGUGUGUGUUUGUGUGAGUGUCAGUGUGUGUGCCAGUGUGUGUAGGUGUAAGUGUGUGUAUGUAUAUGUAGGGGUGUGUGUAUGUGUGUGUGUGUUGGUAUAGGUUUGUAUGUAUGCCAGUGUGUGUAUGUGCCUAUGUAGGUAUAUGUGUGUCUGUGUGUGUUUAUGUGUCUGUGAAGGUAUAUGUAUAACCCAGCAUUCAAACAUCAAAACUACAUACACAAACACGCCUACUAUAAAAUGCCAACACUACACACAAAUACACCCCUGCAUUCAAACACCAACACCACAUACUAACACAUCCCUUCACUCAAACACAAAUACUACACAAAUGUACAAAUGUACAUCUGGAUUUAAAAAUGAACAAAUACUACACAAAUGUACAUCUGGAUUUAAAAGUGAUUCAAGCACACCCCUGCAAUCAAACGCAAACAUUAAAUACAAACACACCUCAGUAUUAAAACACCAAAAUUAUAAACAAGCACCCUUUCAAUCAGACGCCAACACUAUACGUCAUACUAUAAGUCCAGUUUAUGCCGUAGCGCUUUACAGAUAUACAACCUAGAAUUUUUUUUGACUUGGGGCACCUUGGAAGGGCGCCUUAAACAACUUUUUAUUUCAGAAAACAGAGUGGCACUCCUGAUUGAAGCCUUGGACUAAGUAAGGAAGUAAAAAGGCAGAGUAAUGGGGUGCGAUUUGCAGAAGUCUGGGGUUAAACGAUUAGUUAAUCCUUUAAUCUGUUAAGGAUGGCACACUGGUCCUCCUUUCAUCAUAAACUACAUUGCAAUGAAGUUGUUAUGGUGUCCAGGGUGUUCCUUUAAUGUUCUUGUGUAGACAUUUGUCUAUAAACUGCAUACUAAUCUUGUUUUUCACUACUACCAUGAAUACAAUGUAUUUUUUUUUCUAGUUUCUUCUCUUAUGCCUCAUUUCUUUAUUGCUAAUAGGUGCCUCAUUACCCAGUUAUAUCCCUGAGAAGUGUUCCUUGCAAUUUAUGCUUACAUGGUGCCUUGAAAUUAGAUCUGUGCCUAAGAAAGUAAGUAACUUGUAUGCUCAGCCUCUCUCUCCCAUUUUACAAUGCCCUCGUUUUAUACAAUUCUCUCUUUCUUGGGACGUUUAAACUUAUUACUAUGUCAUCCUCUUCGCAUUCAGUUUUUAGGCACUUUAUUUUAAAAGAAAUUAUUAGAAUAAAAAAAAUGAUCUAUACCAUCCUUUUGCCCCAAUGUCUACUAGCUUCUAGUAAUGAGCAGGUGGCAUGGCUCAACUGCCACCAGGGGUAUUAGACACCCCUGUAUUUGAAUGACUGGAGGGGUGGCACAACACAUUUUUUAUGGGCAUGUAAAUAGUUGUAUAGGGUUUUAUGGUCUCUAUUGCAAGGGUUAAUGGGCAUCCAGCUGGCACUGCAUUUGGAAGAAAAUUGUGAUGGAAUUUGUAAUUAUCAGUAUUUCAUUACAGUAUUUCAUUAUGAACAGGAUAGAGAAGUCAAAGCAAAACUGCUCACGAAUGACUUAUGACUGUAGGUGAACUGGGAACACAUUUGACGAUUACUUGAUUAUACAUUUACUAUUUUAGAAUGGGAUACAGCAAAAAUAUAGUGAGAUAUGAAAGAUAUGAGUUUGCAGCAGCUAUACAAAAAGAUUUGGCUAGCUUUUUGUAUACAUUAAUAUAGCUGCACUCCUUUGCGUCCACUGGAUGUCAGUGUUGUAUAACAGCUAAAAGUUAAUGGAAGGUUAAUUUUUUUUUUUUUUAUUUUAACCUGUGUUUGCAGAAAAAAAAUCAAAAAUAUUACUCUACCUAGGACAUGUUUUACCAACCAUCUGCUUUAUAUUUUGUUAGAGGCAUGUUCUGAUUGCUCAGGAAAUUCACCAUAUUGUCUUGUUGUGUUCAGGAAUGUGAUGAAGUUUAAUACAGUGGCAUUGCAAAUUUAGCUUUAUAGAUAUCUUGCUAAUAAGUUUGUUUUUUUUGUUCUCAAUAUUUCUUAUCGAAAGAAAAUAAUUUCUUAUAAACUUUUCCGGUUUAAACCAGUGUUGUUAUUAUAUACAACAUUGCCAUAAUAGAAAAUAGCAUUGGGCAGACCUGCUACUGGCGUAUAAGUCAUGUUGUAGACACAUACUAAACCGUAAAUGUUUAUUGACCAAUAUGAUAUACAAAGUGCUUAUUUAGGUUUAUAGCUAAGAAAAGAUUAUGGCAAGGGAAGACAUAUAUUAAAGUUUAGCCUGCACAUCUUUACUUUGAAGUCAAUUAAAAUAAAUGCUAAUUCAGUACUUCUUAGGUUCACCAGUAUAGGAACCACUUUGAAUUAAAUUCUAAAGAAAAAAGGCACAAUGUUAUUUGUGACUAAGGACAAACAAAAAAAUGCUUCCAUUCCUCUUGCUAUUGGAAUAUAUUGAAGAUUUUCAUUUAUUUAUGUUUACUGCCCAAGAUAGUGUGGAGGUUUUACUCCAUCCCAUCAUGAUGCAAGCAUUCUUUUCAGAAAUGUCUUCAGGAAGAGAUACACUGCAUUGUGAGCAUUAUAACUCUUAGCAUUUAAGUGUAUGCAUGUUGCAAAUAAAUAUUUGAUUAAGCAGUGUAGCUCAAAACAUUUAUAGUGCAUACUGCAUUCCUUUAAGGACUCCAGCAAUUUUUCUAUGCGUACGUGUUCAACCGUAACUUUAAUAAUUAUCAUUCCCAUUGUUUGUACCAACACAAAUGAUUAGAUAUCGGUGUUUUGUUUUUUGUUAUUUGAACAAAAAGGCUCUCAUUUUGAAGUGAAAUAUGCAUAUGUAUAUUCUCAUUUAUAAUAGAAAAAAACAAAAAAAAUUCAUUUUUGUCAGUAAUAUUGUGUGCAAACAGAAUUAAAAAUCAAUUAAUUUAUUUGUCCUGCUUUAUAGAUUACAUCAUACGUCUAGAGAUUUCUGUUUGUUUUUGGUAGUUACAGAUCAGAAAAUAAAAUUUCAAUGUGAAACAAUUUUAGUAAUUGGUAUGUUUGUCUUCUAAGUUUACCCAUCACAGAAAACAGAAUUUUUACAUAAAAGUAAUAUUUAUAUAAAGUAUGUUUACCUAAGGAUAUUUAACACUUUCUAAGUAGCCAUUUGACCAUCAAUCUCUGAUUAAAUAUUGUAGUAAAAUUGGGGAGGCGGGGUAUGUAUAUUUUUUAUAUAUAGGUUGCAUGUAUUUUGUACAACUAAUGGUGCUACUCUUAUACAAAACCCCAAAUUGUGUCUAACUACAUCUUCUGAGUACAAAAAUAUCCCCAACGCAUGCCUUUGUCAAACAUUUUGCAUGUGUUAUUAUGAUCACCCCCUCCCCCAAAUUAUCUGCCAGAAACUCUUCUGAAUUAAACAAUACCCUCAUGCCACUAUUUUAAAGGGUUACUCUUACCACCAUGAACACUUUUUAGUGGUUUGAAGUGGUCGUGAUGGUAGGAGUCUGGAUGUGCAAUGUUUCUGCUUGAAAACUACACAUCAAGAAUUAUUUUGAAUUGUGUCCUGUACAGGUACAAGCCUGUGAGAAGAACAAAUGGACGGCACCGUAGUGCGUUGAGUGGAUGAGAGAGCCGUGCUCUCUAAUAGUGUGGCCGAACUCCAUGUCAGUGUCUGGCUGAUAGUCUGAGCGGGCUGCACCCGUUAAUAACCAGAGUCCACCUCCGUGACCGGUUCUCUCCACGGGAAUGUGUCACUCAAAACAUGUCCUUUGUAUCCAGCUCAGUAUCGGGCUGAGGUUUAGUGUGGGCCGGGCCCUCUAAUAAUAGAUCAGUAUCCGGUUCCGUAUAUUAGAGGGGUUCGCUCUCUGUUCAUGAAAAUAAAAUAUUCACGGAUCGGGGUGACGGAGGGCCGCAUCCUCUUGUAAUCCAAAUUAGAGUCCCUUAGAGACUCAGGGUGACCAACUGCAGGGGUACACCAUUUACUAAUAUCAGCAUAAGACUGAAAUCCUGAGGUGGGUCUCUCUCUGACCACGAGACCUCUCUCGGAAUCGCUCACCUGAGAUGGAAUCGACUGGUAAUAAACUAGAACGAUGGCAGAUGGAAUAGUAUACAACCUCGGGCCGUGUCCAUCCUUAAAAACCGAAAGGGAUGGUUGCCUCUCGACAACCCGAGCAAUAGGACAAUUGGAAGGCUCGACAACCAAAAAAUUACAAUUAAUGUAGAUAACUGUAAAUACGUACCUCGGAGAGAAAGUAAAUAGCAGAUAGGAACAGCAAGUCAAGUAAACGCAACUGAAAGGGUCAGGAGCUAAACAGGACGUAGGACCAACUACCAAUACCUAAGAUGGAUACCGUAAAAGCAGCUAAAGGGUUAGUUGUGAAAGGUAAGGAAACCGUGUUCCCCUGUCGGCAUCCGAGUACUGGUCCAUGCAUGUGCGAAAUUCUCCUUGGAGAUGUUCCGCCACUGGACUGGCGUUAACCGUGGUUGCGUGUCCGGGAAUCUUCAUAAAAUCUUUGCCCCUUAGGCAUGAGGUUUAGGACCUUCACCCUUCCAAUCAUACUUAGGUGCUCAUAUACUGGUGUCCUCUUGGAUGGUAUGGCAGCAGAGCUUGCCUGGACACCUAUCACCAUGUCAAUAGUGGGUGCUGAGCUCUCCUCAGUGUUAUUCCCCCAGGCCUACGGCCAAAUGGGGGUUCAGGCACAGACGUAGCAGGCCAAUCAAUGGGGCACAGAAGUAGCAGGACAAUCAAUGGGGCACAGAAGUAGCAGGACAAUCAAUGGGGCACAGAAGUAGCAGGCCAAUCAGUGGGGCACAGAAGUAGCAGGCCAACCAGUGGGGCACAGAAGUAGCAGGCCAAUCAGUGGGGCACAGAAGUAGCAGGCCAAUCAGUGGGGCACAGACGUAGCAGGCCAAUCAAUGGGGCACAGACGUAGCAGGCCAAUCAAUGGGGCACAGACGUAGCAGGCCAAUCAAUGGGGCACAGACGUAGCAGGCCAAUCAAUGGGGCAGAGACGUAGCAGGCCAAUCAAUGGGGCACAGACGUAGCAGGCCAAUCAAACGGGCACAGACAGAGCAGGCCAAUCCUGGGUUGCGUCUGAACGAGUAAGAAGGGACCCCUGUGUUUGGGUAAAGUCCCCCAAACUUCUGUAAAUCUUCAGGGUACCCUGUGACAUAGGACACCUAGACACCAACCCUUUUUGACAGUGCAAUACUGUGUCAAUAACCUUGAACUGGGACUAGCAUUCCCUAAAUGCCCAGCAGGCAAAAUAGUGGUAUUCCAGCUGUAGCGGAUAUAGGCUGAAAAUGUUCCAGUGAUUAUAGUGUCCAUAAAAUCAUGAUAUACAGUGUGAUUACCGUAUUUAUCGGCGUAUAACACGCACCGGCGUAUAACACGCACCUCAUUUUAAGAAGGAAAUUUCAGGAAAAAAACUUACAUUUCAAAUAAAGAACUUCUUACCCCCUUCUUACACCCCCCUCCCCCUCUUCUUACCCCCCUUUCUUACUCCCCCCCUCCCCCUCUGCUUACUUCCCUCCCCUCCCUCCCCCUCUACCCCCUUCUUCCCCCUCCCCUCUUCUUACCCCCUCUUCUUACCCCCUCUUACUCCCUCCCUUCUUCUUACUCCCUCUCCCCUUCUUACUCCCUCCCCUCUUCUUCUCUCCCCUCUAUUUACCCCCUUCUUACCCUCCCUCUUCUUACCCCCACUCUUUUUACACCCCCAAUCUCUUUUAUCCCCCCACUCUUUUUACCCCCUCCCCUGUAGCGUGGCCGAGCUGCUUUGCUGUCCGCGGUGCCCGGCCCGAGUGAUGGGAAGGUGCACGCUCAGUUUCCUGUUUCCUGUACCCGGUCGGACUGACAGGAAGGUGCACACUGAGUGUUCACCUUCCUAUCACUCGGGCCGGGCACCGCGGACAGCAGAGCAGCUCGGCCACGCUACAGGGGAGGGGAGGUGAGAACCAACUGCAGCCGCCUGACCGCUCUUGACAGAGCGCUCAGGCGGCUGCAGCAUUUAAAGGUCCGGCGUAUAACACGCACCCAUAAUUUGCCCCCUAUUUUCAGGGAGAAAAAGUGCGUGUUAUACGCCGAUAAAUACGGUAAUUUAUAACUGUGAAUGGGUUAUGCACAAUAACGAAGCUGCAGACCUCUUUGAGAUUUCUUCUUCAGUAUUAUGUCUCAUCAAUAUGCCAUCUGAAUAGAAUUAGUGUCCGCAUAGACUGGUCUCUCAAACCAGUUUGAGCCAGAGCCAGGUCUGCUUAGCUUUUUAUAUUCGCCCUGUACAGUGACUAUCUUACUAUAGUCUGCUCUCUGACUCCAUGUAUGGACCAGGUACAUAUAUACUGAAGCAUAGGGAUUGGAACUUAACCAUAAUUGUGCAAUAUAAGCUUCACAUGUCCUUUGUAUCAUAUAAAAUCCAACAAAAGAAUAUCGGCGCACUUGAUCCACGUGUUCCUCUAGCAAGCGUGUAGAUACAAAACAUGUUUUGUCCUGAUGAAAGCUCCAUGUGGGAGCUGAAACGUUGACUUUUUAAAUGGAUUGAAUAAAAGUUACAUUUUAUUUGAAAAUCUCUAUAAAGUCCUUGGAGUGUGGUCAUUUCUGCUAUGUCUAUAUUUUAUGUUAUAUAAAUAGAUAUACAAUAUGAAAAUUAAAUAUAACAUACAAAAUGUAUAUAUAAAAAAGAAAAAAAUAUAUGACAACGAAAUAUAAUAUAAAAUAUAUAUAUAUGUGUAUAUAUAUAUAUAUAUAUAUAUAUAUAUAUCAAAAAUAAUAUAUAAUCCGAUAACUAGAAUAAUAAAUAUAAAUCAUAAAUAAGUCAUACUAAAUCCUAAAUCCCCCAACUAAUAUUAGCAGCAGGCAAUGGUACUCUGACCUGUACUGACUGCAGAGCAGCAAAGAAAGAGGAAAUGAUGCAUGGGAAUGGGAGUUUUAUAGUACCUAACGUUUUUCUGAUUGGUUGUUUUUCUGUGCUGCUCUGGAGUUCUAGUAAAGAAAGACUUAACCAAAUACGAAGCCUCCUGUCAUGUUAUAAAAUUUGACAAAGUUAACUUUUUUUUAUUUUUGUUUAUAGUACUAUAAAAAAAGUAGGUGGUUCAAAGUGAGCGCUGCAAACAUGGUGUAUGUGGUGUGAGCAGGGUUAAAUACAGUGCUCUCACCAGGAAGUCCCAGGUAUCAACUGGGGCAAUUUUUAGUGGCCCCAGACUUUUUAAUGAGCCGCAUUCAUUGCAGGAUGUCAGCACGUCAUGCAGCUACUUAAAUAGGCAUUUAAAUGCCUGUAAAUAAAUUGUGGUGUGAGUAGGGAUAUCUACCUGGGAUACCUGUACUCCCUUUUGUGGGCCAGACACUUUGAUAAAAUGCAUGCACUGCUGAAAGUCAGAACACUGUAGCUCUGUGAUUCUCUCACUGGAUCUGGUGCUCAGGAGACCCCCCCAGGUCUAAACAGACCCUAGAGCAGGGGUAGGCAACCUUUUAGCAGCACUGUGCCGAUAUAGGAUUGUGAUGUCCCGUAGCAUGCCGGUCCUAUUUUUUUAAAUUGAGGUGUGUAUGCUGCCGUAUUCUGCUUGUGUUAUUUAUACUGUAAAUGCUUUGUAUCGUUGUAUUUGUGCGUAUGUGAGCUAUUAUAUUGUAUAUGUUUGUGGUAUCGUGUAUGAUACAUAUGAAUGUGGGCUGUGCAUGGGGGCUGAUUGUGGAAUUGUGUGUGUGGAUGGAAAUGCCACAUUGUGUGUUUGGUAGUGUGUGUAUGUGUGGGGGCUGUUUGGGGUAUUGCAUGUGAGAGGCUGCAUGUGGGGUUGUGUGCAUGUAUGUGGAUUGUUAGCGGGUUACGUUUGUGCGGAUUGUAUGUAUAUUUGUUUGUGGGCUGUUCGUAUUAUUUGUAUGAGUAAAUCGAGCAGUGUGGGUGGCUUCCCUGGGUUCCAGUGGGAACCAGGCCGGCCAGGUACAGGUCAAGGACAGGAGCUGCAUCAGCAGCUGAAGGCUGCUCUACUACAGUGUGGAUUCCCAUUCACAAGUGCUGGGAGGAAGUGAUUUGAGAUCACUUACUCUAUGUGCUGCAAUGCAUAUAUUGAGGAUUGUCCUUCACCACCUUUUCGUAUUAGCAGAUAUCUGAAGUUUCACUGGGACUCCUGAUAGGCCAGAGCCUGUUUGGCUGUAGCAGCCUUGAGUGCCGUGUGAAGACACCUUGAGUGCCGUAGGUUGCCUACCCCUGCCUAGAGGGUCACACUAUGCCAUUUUGAUCAGUUUCUCAGAACCGAUCAUAAUGAAAGGGUAUACUAUUUUCAGUUAGCAGAUAUUGCCUUGAAAAUAACCAGUAGAUGGCAAAACGCUCUCUGUUUUAGCUUACAAUUCCCUUUGCUAAUACUGAUAUUAGUUAUAGAAGCUCUUGGGAUUAGUAUUACAUUAAGGAUUUAGAAUAGGUUUUAGAAUAAGAAUUAGGUUUAUGUUUAAGAUUAGGUUUAGAAUUAAUUUUAGGAUUGCAAUUAGGUUUCAGAAUAGUUCAGAUUAGGAUUAGGGUCAGCAAGGAGAAUUAUUUCUAGCACUAUUGCUAGUGUCAGGAUUAAGUUUAUAAUUCGUGUUAGCCAUAGGAUUAAGGUAUGGAUUGGAUUAUGGAUUUAUAUUGGUGUUAAGAUUGUAUUGUAUUUGAGUAUUGUUGUACUCAGCAGAUAUUGCUGUUUUCUUUUUUUUUUUUGCAUUUCUUUUUGUAUUUUUUUUUUUAUAAUUCGAAAAUUAGAAAUUUAUAUAUGUAUAUUUCACAUCAAAUUAAUUUUUGUUGUUAAAAAAAAAAAAUGGCAUGUAUAAUAUGUGUUGGUGCAAUAUAUAAGAAACAUGGAAAUUGCAGUGUAACACACACAUAGUAAAAAAUUACUUGGGUCUUUAAAGGGACACCAUUGGCACAUUGACCUCUUCAUCUCGUUGAAGUAGUCUGGGUGCGGUGUCCCUGUCCCUAGAGGUGCUCGCUGCAGUCUGUGAAAUGACGCUGGAUGUCCUCACGCUGUGCAUGAAGAUGUCCGGUGUCUUGCAAAUACCCAUAGGAAAGCAUUGGUUUGAUGUUUUCCUAUGGGGAAAGCAUAAUGUGUCUCGAAUGAGCCAUAGGGAUCUUUGUGCUGGAAUAAGGUAAGCAGUUGAAGGGUUUUCAACCAUAUCAUUGCUGGUUGGGUGGGCAAUGAGACAGAGGGGCACUGUAAUGUUAGGAAUACUGCUUUGUAUUCCUAAAACAAAAGUGUUCAUUUAAAUGAAAGGCAAAUAAAUGAAGCUUUGCCAUUAAGGGGUUAAACAAUUUUAAUUGUGUUUUUGCUAUUGUAACAUGUCUUGAGUGUUUCUAGGACUGAAUUAAAUAAUUUUUGUUAAGUAUGCUUGUUUUUUUUUUCCUUCAUGGUUCAUUUAAUUUUUGUAUAUUUUCUUAUCUUAAGGCAUUUUUGCGUUCUUUGGUUGAGCACACCUCUGAUUCUGCGGAAAAGCGCAGACUACAAGAACUAUGCAGCAAACAAGGCAGUUCAGAUUAUAACCAAUUUGUGAGAGAUCGUGCCAUUGGCAUUUUAGAUCUCCUUGCUGCUUUUCCAAGUUGCAAGCCACCACUAAAUCUUUUGAUUGGUAAGCAUGUGUGAUUACUUAUCUACAACAUUUUGAAAUACAAGAUUUUUUAUUUAUUUUUUGAUUUUUUUUACCACCAGUUUCUUUCUUUUGUUUAAAUACUGUUCUAAUAUUGCUGUUGCCUAAGAGACAUUUAUGAUAAUCUAUAGCUCCAAGUUUUUUGUUUUUUUUGCUUUUGUUUAUUUAGACCAGUUACCUUUGAUAUUUCUUAAACAAAUCAAGCUAUCCUUUGUCAAUUUGAGCAAAUGUUUGAUAAUUGCGUGUUUUUUGUUUUUUUUUCCCAUCAGAACAUCUUCCUAAAUUACAAGCCAGACCGUAUUCAGCUGCCAGGUAAAACUCUUCUAAUUGAAUAGCUUAUUGCUAGUUUUAGAAACAAUGCUGCAAAGAUAAUCAAACAUCUUUGUAUCCUAGUACAGACCACAGAUUGUAAAUGCAAGUUGGACCAAUAUACGCUCUCUUAAUAAUCUGAGAUGUAGCAUUGAAAUGUAGUACUGCACUAGUGGCAUGCCAGUGACAAUAUAAGCAACUAUAAUUGAGAAAUGGCAUCUAGGAGUUUAUGUACAAUUCAAGCAGCUCUGUCACCUUAUGGGGGUCUUUGCAUAUUUUGCUAAAUCUCCAAUGGUGACAUCUCUGCUUGGAGUGUGGUGUUCCAGAGGUGCACUAGAGUGUACAUAUACAACUUACCUGAUAUUGUCCCCAGAUGUGACCAUCUUCGUUCUUCACUUCCUGGUGCUUCAUCCUAUGUUAGUGCUGUACUCUCGCACAUAUGCAGUUGUACAGUAUUAAUGUCUGUAGAGGAUGUUGCCAGACCACUGGAUCCUCUAUAGAUACUGUCUUGCAAUUAGCAAGACAAUGGCUUAUAACUGCAGCUGCCACUAGCGAUGGCUGGAGGAAGUGACAAAACGUGGCAAAGUUAGCUCUGCCUUUUGUCACGUUUUCUUUGUUGAGCAGAGGAAAAAGAAGGCAAAGUAAUCCCACUUUAGAAGAAAAAAAUGGAAAAAGAAGAAAGGAAGACCAGAUUAGGAGUUAGGAAGAGAAGAGGAACAGAUUGAAGCAUGGAAAGUUUAGGGUGGCAGAGCGCUUUAAGGUUUUUGUAGUACAUUUACCUGGAUCCAGUUCUAUAAAUGCUAGAUACUUUUUCUCUACAGGGAUAAGGACAAUCAUUUUAGUGGGAAGAAAUUUGAAGGCCUGUAUUUCAGAUAUGUUCAUUCACUAUUAUACAUUAAAUAUGGAAGUACUGUGUAUUUAGAGUGUUGUUUUCACUUCCUAGGAAACUUAAUUUACUUUUAGAAACUGUCAAGACAAUGACAAACUUAUAAAGCACUUUAAUCUUGAACAUAUAUAUUUAUUGUGAAGAAUAACGUUUUAUUGUGUUUAUCAGAAUAAUUGUGCUUCUUUAUUGCAGUUCAAACCUAUUUCAUCCUGGAAAGCUUCGAUUCGUUUUUAAUGUGGUUGAAUUUUCAAGCUGCUCAGAAAAACCUGUACCCAGAAAAGGUGUAUGCACCGGUUGGCUCUCUGAACUUGUGCACCCACUGUAUUAUGUGAAAUCUGCACAGUUGCCAGAGGGAGAUCUGACAAGUGAGACAAUAUUAAUUCCACAGGUAGGAGAAUAAAACGCUCUUUGUUUUAUCAUUUUCAUUUAUUUGUGUUGAGAUUCUGCAGCACACGGUUUAUUGACUAGAGGAUAAUAACAAAACUGUUUGAUAACAACAUGCCAUUGCAUGUGAAAUUUGAAAUAAAUGCCCUAAAGCUUACAGCUUUAUUUCUUUUAGCAUUAACUGAACUUUUAUCAUAUAUUUAAUUGUCUUACAUUACGUUAAUGUUCUUCUCCGCUCUUUUCCUGCAAGGAUCAUAACACAGGUCUCCUGGUCCUCUUACCAUUAGCCCACUUACUGUGCCAUUGGCCCUGCUUGAAAACGCUCACACACUAGCUUUAUUGUCAGUGCCUUGGUAUCAAAACAGAAUGUAAUUUGUUAUUCCUUUCAUAUAUAUCUGCAUCCUAGUCUUGCAAGGUGAAUGUCACUGCAACCAUUGCAGUUGAUUUGACAGAGAGAAGGUGAUCUAUGUGUAGGAGUAAAAGGUUCUGCUGCUCUCACUUGUACUUAAAUUACUAGUGUGGAGGUGAGGGAGUGUUUUUAUUUUUAAUUUUUUUUUUAUUUAUGGCUAAAUUAAUGUAUACAUGACUCUUGUCUCAUAAUUUUUGUAUGUGAUCUUCCUGUCAAAUAUACCCAUUAUAGAAUUUCAAAGCACUGCAGAAUAUUUUGGCCUUUUCAUUUGUAAUUAAGUGUUUUGUACCUGAAAAAGUAAAGAAAAAAAAUGCAGUUAUUUUUAUUAAUGAUUGUUACACCAAUAUUUCACAAUGUACUUGUGAUGAUUUUUUUUUUUAAGGAAUCCCUAUAGGAGGGGGGGGGGGAGGAGUUUGAAAGAAAUGCCCCAGAAGAUAACUUGUUAGCCUCAAUUCAUGGAGGGUCCAAGAGCUGGCUGGCCGGCCACAUUUGGGCCCUCUGAGGCGGGCGGACAUUUGUAUUACAGGCGGGCGAAGAGGGGGCACUGAUCUGUGAGAUCUUCCUGCUCUGCUCCCUUGCAUUCCCUGCAGUGAUGCCGGGAGCAGAAUUAUGAUGUAAUUCUGGUCCCAGCAUCACUAAGCGUCGCACAAGGGAGCUGAGCAAGAAGAUCACAGCUCCUCGACGCCUGCUUUAAACGCCCACCUGCAUGCCUGUCCAGCAGCCCGGCCAACAGUCAUCCCAAACUUUGUGAGUGUGUGAAAAGCAUGCAUGUAUCAGUAUCGGUGUGUGUGUCUUAUAGUGAGUGUGUGUGUGUGUGUGUGUGUGUGUGUGUGUGUCUGUCCAGUGAAAGUGUCGUCUGUCACUGAGUGAGUGUGUAUGUGUCUGUUAUUGAAUGUGUGUGUGCCUGUCAUUGUAUUUCUGAGUGACUGUGUGUAUGUCAGUGAGUAUGUCAAAUUAGUGUGUGUCUGUGAGUGAGUGAUUGUGUCUGUCAGAGUGUGUCAAAUCAGUGUGUGUAUUUCAGUGUGUCUGUCACUGCAUGCAUCAGUGAGGUUGUGUUGGUAUUAAACAACACACACUUUGUUGUUGACAAAAAAGGAUGGGGCAAAUUUAAAUUAGGGAGAUGAGCGAGUUUUUUUGUCUGAAGAGGUAGUUUUAGCACGUCUUUAUUGUUCUUACUGGAAAGAACCCUUUCCUUUGCCUUAAAUUUAACCUCUUUUCUUCCUGCCUCAAUGGGUGGCCUUGUGUUCAAAAUUGCACAGCAUAUUCAAAGUGUGGUCUUACCAGCGAAAUAUCAAGAGGCAAAAUUUAUAUUUUCAUCCUGAGAAUUAAUGCUCUAAUUUAUACAUGACAAUACCUUACUAGCCUUAUCAACUGCUGAUCUCUAAUAAUUCCCAAAUCCUUCCCUAAUUCACUACCAUUUAGGGUGUAAGAUGUUUGUGUAUUUUUUACCUCGUAGAGCAAAUCUUUGCCUUUUUCUACAUUAAACUUCAUCUGCCAUGUCAGUGUCCAGUCUCCCAAUCUAUCUAAAUCCCUUUGCAGCAAAAGCAAUAUCCUAUUCACAUCGUAUUACUUUACAGAGUUUUGUGUCAUCUGCAAAUAAAAAAACACAUGACUUUUAAUGCCCAUUUCAAGAUCUUUUAUAAAUAUGUUAAAGAGAAAUGGUCCGAGAACAGAACCCUUAGAGACACAACUUACCACUUUUGUCCAGCUUGAAAAUUUACCAUUGAUGACAACUCUCUGAAUUCUAUCUUUAAGCCAAGGUUCUACAAAAGAAAACCUAUUUUCAUCUAGACUAAUUUUCCUUCCUAAUGGGCUCAGUGCUCUAACAAGCUAAGCCAUCCUUCCUACACCACAACAUCAGCCACACAUUAAACUCCCUUUACUCUUUAGUGCAUGACACAGGUAAAAUUACUACCUUGGUAGUCCUAUUCUUCAAUUUUUUUCCCCGCAAUUAUCAGAAGGAACAGCUCCUUCUAAUAUAGCUACUCUACUGAACUGAUGCUCCCUGUUUGGCCAUAUCUGGUAUAGUGUCAUGCAUAGUCCAAUGUUUCUGCUCUGUGUGUAGUAACAUUGCAUUAUUUAAUAUUUUUGUAUUAAACCACAGACUUUUUGAUUAAACUGCAGCUUUAAAGGGAUAAUUCAAAACCUAAAACCACUACUGCUUACUGCAGUGGUUAUGGUACAAAUAAUCUGUGCAGUCCCUCUAGCUUGUUUGUUUUGAAACAAGAAAAAAAUGGAAUGUUAGUUUCACUCAGAGCCUGAAUUUAAAAUUAGAACCAGAUAAAUGAUUGCACCCUUCAUGCAAUUAUGUCUCUGGUCUCUAAAUUUCACCAAGUCUGUUAUCAUCAAUUUGAUUCCCAGUUAAUAUAUGUUUAGUUUCAACUUUGGCUAGCACCCCAGAUAACAUGCUGAUUUCAUCUCUUUUUAGAUAUCCAUUUUUGCCCGACCUUCCACAUCCUUCCAGCUGCCAACAGAUACAUCUGCUCCAGUUAUAAUGGUGGGACCAGGGACAGGCAUAGCACCAUUUAUUGGAUUCUUGCAACACAGGCAAGCUCAGUUUAACAAUGCUUAUGUACUUCUAUACUUAUUUUAUGUUCCAUUAUAUUAAAAAAAAAAACACUACUACUUCUUCUGCAUGCAAGCUCUUCAUAAUGGUAGCAUCAUUUAAAUUAAUUUUGGGGGGAAGGGGGGUCUUGUAUGCUCAAUUCAAGUCAAUGCAUUAUAGCAACACUGAGAUUCUAUGUAUAAAACUUUAAAAUAUGAAAAUUAAAUACCUGUGCACAAGCAGUUAGUUUACCCCAAUUGAUUAAUUUUACAUCUUUCAAAAUGGGCACUCUUUAGGUUAAAUGAUAGAAAUCUCCAGAUUAUACCAUAAUCGUGGGGUAAGUCAUGGAUUUAUCUAUGACAUGGGGGUGAGUGUUAUGCUGCUUUUUUUUUUAUUUCCCUCAGCAGCAAAAACAAAAUCUAGAAAAAGCAAGAGUUAAAAAAAAAACCCAGCAUAAUGUAAAAUAACCAGAUUGUUUAAAUAUCUGAAGUAGCCCACCAUUUUCAUCUUUCUCGCUAACCUGAAGAACACAAACUGGAACUUCACAAUCUAAAUAGAACCAAAAGCUCCAUACUGAAUGGAGAAGUGGAAUCAGAGAAGUUAAUAUCUUCCUACAGGGAAUGUGUCCAUACAAAGGUAAAAUCAAACUAGGGGAGAAGACAAAUUUCAUAAUAUUUCUGAAUAUUAGUCAUAAGACAUAAAUAAUGAAAAGGCAAAAGUCCACAAAUUCCAUAACUCCGUAAUAAGGCAUUGCAUAUAUUGAGUAUGUCUAAAGGCACUAACAGUAACUGUUAAACUGAGAAAUUAUAUUAUUAACACAUCAGUGGGGGAGGGUAUGAAUAAUACUCUCAUCCUGGUCAUUAAUGAAAUCAUAACUUUAUGUCAUGGUAAUAAUACCAUUGGGUCAUUUUAUUAUAGACCAGGAUGCUCCUGUUAUGCUUGUUCAAAGCUAAGCAACAACCGGAUUUUGAAAAUUUACAAAUAGGCUGGAAAUAAAAUCACAGAAAGUAUCAGCCUUCUUAAAGAUUUUUAUUUGUCGACAACCAAUUGAAGAGGCUUUAGAAACAAUUUUGCCUCUGAUAAAAUAAGAAGUUAGGAUAGAAGUAUGUGUGGUGCAAUACAACUAAUCGGCAAGCAAAAGGCCCUUAAAACUGGCUCCAGCUGCAUCUGGAUACCUCCCGUGCAGUAGCCUUGAUGCAGCUCAUGCUGGGGGCUAAAGACAUGACAAGAUUACAAUUAUAUGAUAAUUUUCUGUUAUUGCAAAAUAGUCUAUUCAAAUGCCCUAAUGGAUUUAAGUUACCUUGAACAUUUUUCUAGAACAUAACACAUGGAUAUUAAAGAUUAAAAAACUUACUGAGCAACAAUUUGCCUUAACAUGUGCAGUUGGGGACAUUAAAAUGCUGCUUACACAUUAAAAUGAAAUCCUCUGUGCGACUUUAAAAGCAUAUAGAUUUGCUGUUGCAGCAUGCUUUUUUAUUUUAUUUUUAUUUUUUUCCUGCACAGUUCUCACCAGGGGGUAUUGCUCUGGAGCUAAAGGUGUUGUAUAGAGUUACUAAAUUCUUGAUGACUUGCUAUUCUUUUUCUUCUUGGACAAUAGCCAGAUGUACUACAUCUGCUUUUGCUUUGGUCAGCCUUAAGCUUAUAUGCAGUUCAGUGAGUUUCCAUAGAUACAAGCAUCCAGCAAGUGCCUAUGCAACUGCUCUGUAAUCUAUCUCAAUUAUAGUCUACAGGUACUAGAAUGUUUAGUUGAAAGCAGUGAAGUUAGAAACAAAAAUAAGUCUUGCAUAUUUUUCAAAAACAUUUUAAAGUGUUCCUUUUACAGUAAAAAUAGAAACACUUUUUGUAGUCAAGUGAACAUCAAAGUAGGAAAAACAUGACUAUAGUGUUAAACUUUGACUUAAUGUAAAACAGCAUGUAUGUGAAUGUGUAUAAAAUAUAUGUAUGUAGGUGUGUGUUACUUAUAAAUGACACCAAGUAUUCCAUUUGAUUCCACACGUGUUCAAUGGUAUGGAGUUGUUGGUUUCCUAAUUGUGUAUAUACCCUGUGUGGGACAGAUUUUCUGAAGCUCAUAUGAGUGCAAAGUUAAUUCAAAUUUCACAACUAAAAAUAUUAAACUAUUAAAAGAGGUUACAUGUGACAGAAUACUAAAAGCAAUCAAAGUGGUUCUGGAAGCCCAGUUUCAUAUUCUCUUUUCAAAAUAAUGGAUAUUCAGUUAACAGACAGACACUAUAUCAUGGGGGAAAAUUUGAUAACCCCAAAUGACAGCUGCCAGAGCAACGAUACAGCAUAAUAAAAAUAGACAUUACAAUAUUCACUAAAAACUUAUACUAAAAAAUUUGCAGAUUGCAGUGAACAUGUCAAAUACUACAUUGACUUGUUGACAGCUAAUAUUACAAUUGGGCUGUGUUGGCAAUUGAACAUCCAAAAGGCAUUGAACAAUUUAACACUUAGGGCAUAUUGGGUCAGCAUUAAAAGUGAAAACAAUUAUUUGAAACAAAAUUCUUCCUUGUAUGCCUGUGGUCUUAUAUAGAUUCAAAACAAUGUGUUUGUGCACACGGUGCAAAGCAAAAAUGUAUGGACCUAACAUUUUAUUGACUUUUUUUCAUUAAAAAUGCAUAGACCUAUGACUGCUUUUAGAAGCCGAUAAUUAGCUUGCUGUGCUUCACCUUUUGUUUGUUGACCAUUAUCCUAUUCCAACGAGGGAAAGAAACCAACAAUUGCACAUGUUAAUGCUCCAUUAAUUUUUCAUGAGGACAUUCAGAGUUCCUUUUAACAUUUUUCCACUUUUUAUCAAAGGUCAAUAUUUAAGACUGGUAUUGCCUGAAUAUGUGCAUCACACCAGGCUGUCAGGAAUAACAGGAGAUCCUACACGCAGAGUGUAACAGAAUAGUAACGUAUACCGGACCUUAGAAUUGCCGGACUAACGUCACAAGAACAGAGUGUAUUAAUAAACAAGGUCAGGGAUGCCAGAAAUCAGGAACAGCGAGAGUACAAGAGCCAAGGUCAAAGGAAUACAGAAGGUAGAAUUGUCAAACACAGCCAAAUGUCAAAAUCCGAGAUAACAAUACAAAGAAACACACUAUUGGGACUAAGAAGAACCACAACAGGGCAAUGAGCCUUUCCCUGAGCUUCCCUUAAGUACCUUGAUCUGUAGUAACACCCCCAAAAUGUCUGAAUUCAAACGUUUUGGUGGACUGUGACAUCAUUAGCACCAUGACUUCUGCGCGCAUGGCAUCAUAAAAAGGGGCAGACCUAGUGCGGCCGGCGUGAAAAUCGAUGAGAACAAGAGGAGAAUCAUUUGGCAUGUCCCCAAUCACUUACCUGAAGAUGCCAGCUUGUGGCACAGCCUGUGCUAUCACACAAGGUACCCUGACACAGGCUUCCUAACUAAACAGAGACAAAAUAAUGCAAAAAUUAGAGCGUGCAUGACUCAAACAGUAAUGGAAAUAUUAAAGUGAAUUAAGGAGUAACAAAACAAAUUUAAAAGCCUUUGGAAAGCAAAGGUGUUAAAGGACAACUGUCAUCUCCAAAAAAAAACUUUUUAAAUUAGUAAUACUUUUAUCAAGUUUUCAAAGGAAAUGGAUUUUUAUAAAUGACAUAUAGUAUGUAAGAGGAUUGUUUAACCUGAUCAGCCACUACAUUAAAAACACUCACAGAGGAAGUGUAUAACAUUGAUUAUAUUGUUACAGUAGCACCUAUCAAUGGGUGUGAUAUACUGGGCUACAAGCGAACAGUUAGUUCUUGAAUUUCUUGUGUUGAAAGCAGGAAUAAUGGACAUGCUAAAAGGUCUGAGUGACUUUGACAAGGACCAUAUAGUGAUGGCUAGACAACUGGGCCAUCUCUAAAUUGGCAAGUCUUGUGGGGUGUUACCGGUAUGCAGUGGUUAGUACCUACCAUAAGUGGUGAAAGGAAGGACAACCAGUGAGCCGGCCUCAGGGUCAUGGAAGCCCAAGGCUCUUUGAUGCACAUUGAGGGUGAAGGCUACCGUGUCUGAUCCGAACAAACAGAUGAUCUUGGCUUAUGUUGCUGAAAAUAUGGCAAUGACAUAAAGGUGUCAAAACACACAGUGGAUUUCAGUUUGCUGUGUAUGACGACCACUGCCAAAAAUGCCUUCAGUGGAAUCGUGAGCAUUAGAACUGGAACAUGGAGCAAUGGAAGAAGUUUGCCUCGUCUGAGGAAUCAAGCUUUCUUUUAGCUUAGUUGGAUGGCUGGGUGCGUGUGCGUUGUUUAUCUGUGGAAGAAAUGUCAGCAGUAUUCACUAUGGCAGUGUUGUGCUAGGAAAUCGUGGGUCUUGAAAUUCAUGCGGAUGUUAAUUUGACACGUACCACCUCCUAGAGAUUGCUAUGGACUACCUUCAUGGCAGCGGUGUUCCCUGGUGGCAGAGGCCUCUUUCCGCAGUAUAAAUGCACUCUGCGGCACUGCUAAAUAUUGUUCGUCAAUGGGUUCAGGAACAUGACAAAGAGUUCAUAGUGUUGCCUUGGCCCCCACAUUCCCCAGAUUUCAAUCUAAUUUGAGCAUCUGUCAGAUGUGCUGGAACAACAAAUUUGAUCCAUGGAGGCCCCACUUCACAGCUUGCAAGACUUCAGAGGGCCUUGUUGAGUCCAUGCCUCGACGCAUCAGAGUUGUUUUGGUUGCAUAGGGAGACCUACACGAUAUUAGGCAGGUGGUUUUAAUGUUCUGGCAGAUCUGUGGAUACCUACCAUAUUUUCCGGCGUAUAAGAUGACUUUUUAACCCUGGAAAAUCUUCUCAAAAGUCGUGGGUCGUCUUAUACGCCGGGUAUAGGGUUUCCUAAAAGUUGGGGGUCGUCUAUAUGGCUGCCUAGGGCGCCAUAAAGGGAGGGGCGCCCUGCGCCCCCAUCGCCGGCCCUUCUAAUGCUGCAUCUGCCUGAGCACUCUAUAGAGAGCAUCAGGCGGCUGCAGCACUGCCUCUCUUCUCACCUCCCUGUGUAGCGUGGGUGGCCGAGCUCCUCUUUGUCCUGUCAGUCCUGCCGGGUACCGCGCGGUACAGGAGAUUCAGUUACCUGUUCCCGGCUGGACUGAAAGGCAGUGAGCACUCAGUGUCUCCUGUACCGCGCGGUACCCGGCCAGACUGACAGGAUGAAGAGGAGAUCGGCCACCCAUGCUUCACAGGGAAGGGGAGGUGAGAAGAACGUAGGGAGGAUUGGGGGGGGGGGUAAAAAGAACAGAGGGGGGGAGUAAAAAGAACAGGGGGGUAAAAAGAAAGUAAAAAGAACGGAGGGGGUGAGUAAACAGACACGUUCAUUUUUCAGAUCCCAGAUUGGGUCAGAAGUUUUCAUCUGUAACUUUAAUGGCUUAAAUCUAUCUAACACUGAUGCUCCAAGAGCACUGCUGCUUUUGUAAGGAAAGUUCUUUAGGCAUUUUUUUAUGUUUAGUUGUACCACACCCCUGUUGGCUUUAGUUGCCGACCUCUUAUCCUUUAACCUGUUUCAACAAGGGUGCUAUAUUAUUUCUGCACAAAUGAUUGAUUACUGACAUUCACUAGCAAGCAAAAUAUAUUAUAAGACAAAGUAGAGACUCCUUUGACUUAUGGUCAUAGACAGUGUUUCCAAAUUCUGACGAGGUUCUGCUGUCAAGAUUUCUCAUUUAGCAUUACGUGAGUAUAUAUGGAGGGUGAUAUGGUCUCACAGGAUCAGCUUCUCCCGAGGUACAUGUAUGUGUACGUGCGCGCAGGGGCAGACUGACCACUCAGGCAAAUUGGUCAUGGACUGAGGGCCCAGGGCAGUCAGGGGCACGGCUGCCUGAACAGUCAUACGCUUACUGGUCACACAGUAGAGCCCUCAUUAUCCAUACAAACACACACUACAGCCCUAGUAUCCACCAUACGCCUACUACAGCCCCUACCACACACUGCAACACAACCAGCCAUCUCAACCCACAUACUACACUGCAAACAGACUCAUUCACACACUCAAAUCCACCAGGAGCCUCACUGUAGGCACACAAUGCCACAAGCAGCAUCCCCACUAUUGCAAUACUGCCUCCUUACACACAGACACACACACGCAAUAAUUACAACCAUCUAUAUAGCACAAAUAUAUUCUGCAGCGCAGUACAAAUCGGUAGAAGACAAACUUUUCUAACAACGUGUUGACAUACAGUAACACAUCACAAGCAGCAUCCCACACACUGAACCCCACAAGUCGCCUACAAACAUGUAUUUGGAGGCUACUUGUAUGAUUGAAAACAAAUGUAGGGGAUGCUGCUUGUGAUGUCAUCAGCAAACACAGGGGAAAAUAACUUUGCACCAGAAGGGGGCCUUUGGUCUCCUAUUGGCCGAGGGCCCUGUGAGUUGUGAGUACGCCCGUGUGUGUCGCCUUAAAUUAUGCUUCCAUAGCACACUCUCUCAGUGUAUUUCUUCUUGUUAGAGCAGUGUAUUUCUUCUUGUUUUCAAUCACCAAUGAAUAGUGUCAAGUGCAACAAUGUGUGUAUUUGUAUAUAUGUCUGUGAUAAAUCAUACACACAUACAAUUAUAUUUGACAUUAUAAGGCGGCCUAUUUUCAGAAUUAAGGUUUGUUCAGACCAAUCAAAACAUUGUGAGCCAAAAUAUAUUUUAUUUAUUUAUUUAUAAAAUAUUUUACCAGGAUGGAUACAUUGAGAUCUCUUUCGUUUUCAAGUAUGCAAGAUAGUGAACUUUAUUGUUUCUUGAUAUGUCCCAUGAGAUUGUAUAGCAUUAGAUCUACAUUAUCUGAUUUAAUUCAUUUCUGCUGCACACAGGAUAGGUAUGAUACAUCAUUAAUCAUUCUAAACUGACCGUUUUCCCUAUUGUCUUAAUGUCCUUAUGAAAUAUUUUUGCUUGGGAACGGUCUGAACAUACGCAACCAUGCAUACCUAAGACAGGAAAGCAUAAUAUAGUGCUUUACAUUUUAACAUUUCCAAAGAACUAGUCAUAUACAGAAAGAAAAUUUGGUAGUAAGCAACUUAAUAUUUAACAGUAUAGAGUCAGAUACAGAUUUUACUUGAGUGAAUGUAAAUACAAUGAAGAGAUUAUUUUUUUAAAUUUAUUAUUUUAAAGACCAUGGUUCUUUUAAAAUUAAACUCCUAUGUGACUGUCUUCUUUGGUACUUUGGCUACACAUUAAUUCUACCACAAUUUCACACUUAAAGGACCACUGUAGUGCCAGGAAAACAAACUCGUUUUCCUGGCACUAUAGGGUCUUUAGUUCCCCCCCACUCUCAUGGCCCCCCUCCCGCUGGGCUGAAGGGGUUAAACACUUACCUUUCUCUGAAACUGCUAUGUUUACAGCUGCAGGGUUAACACUAGAUGGACCUGGCACCCAGACCACUUAAUUCAGCUGAAGUGGUCUGGGUGCGUAUAGUGGUCCUUUAAUAUUUAAGUGUGCCCAUACAUAUUGUUUGUCAUUUCUGAAAGGAGAAAUAUGGCUUUCUUUUGAUACCCUAUAUUUAUACAUAACACAAAUUUAAAUAUGAAUAAAAUAUUAAAAGUUCACAGUUGUAUCAGUUCUACACAGCAAAUGCAAAUAAAGAAUAUAACGGAUUCCCUAUACUCCCACUGAGAAUAUCCGUUGUAAAUCUCUCAAGUCCCAAGUGAAAUAAUGAUUAUUACUCCGAGCUACCCAAACAUAGAAACUUAGAAUGUGACGGCAGAUAAGAACCAUUCGGCCCAUCUAGUCUGCCCAAUUUUCUAAAUACUUUCAUUAGUCCCUGGCCUUAUCUUAUAGUUAGGAUAGUCUUAUGCCUAUCCCACGCAUGCUUAAACUCCUUCACUGUGUUAACCUCUACCACUUCAGCUGGAAGGCUUUUCCAUGCAUCCACUACCCUCUCAGUAAAGUAAUACUUCCUAAAAUUAUUUUUAAACCUUUUCCCCUCUAAUUUAAGACUGUCCUCUUGUGGUAGUUUCUCUUCUCUUUAAAUAUAGUAUCUUCCUUUUACUGUGUUGAUUCCCUUUAUGUAUUUAAAUGUUUCUAUCAUAUCCCCCUUCUUGUCUUUCGUCCAAGCUAUACAUGUUAAGAUCCUUUAACCAUUCCUUGUUCGUUUUAUCAUGCAAUCCAUGAACCAGUUUAGUAGCCCUUCUCUGAACUCUCUCUAAAGUAUAAAUAUCCUUCUGGAGAUACGGUCUCCAGUACUGCGUACAAUACUUCAAGUGAGGUCUCACCAGUGCUCUGUACAAUGACAUGAGCACUUCUCUCUACUGCUAAUACCUCUCCCUAUGCAACCAGGCAUCCUGCUAGCAUUUCCUUCUGCUCUAUUACAGUGUCUGCCUAUCUUUAAAUAUAAUUACCCCUAAAUCCCUUUCCUCAGAUGUUGAGGUUGGGACUCUAUUAGAUAUUCUUUACUCUGCCCUUGGGUUUUUAUGUCCAAGAUGCAUUAUCUUGCACUUAUCCACAUUAAAUGUCAGUUGCCACAACUCUGACCAUUUUUCUAGUUUACCUAAAUCAUUUGCCAUUUGGCUUAUCCCUCCUGGAACAUCAACCCUGCUACAUAUCUUAGUAUCAUCAGCAAAAAGACAUACCUUACCAUCAAGACCUCCUGCAAUAUCACUAACAAAAAUAUUAAAGAGAAUGGGUCCAAGUACAAAUCCCUUAGGUACCCUACUGGUGUCAAGACCAUGUUUCGAAUAUACUCCAUUGGCUACAACCCUCUGUUGCUUGUCACUCAGCCACUGCAUUACCCAUUUAACAAUAUUGGAAUCCAACCUUAAAGAUUGCAGUUUUUUUGAUAAGCCUUCUAUGUGCAACAGUGUCAAAAGCCUUAGUGAAAUCUAGCUAAGCAAUGUCUACUGCACCACCCUGAUCUAUUAUUUAAGUUACCCAAUCAAAAAAAAUCAAUAAGAUUAGUUUGGCUUUUACGGACUUUACUAUUUUUUGCUUUUACUGACAAGCCUAAUGCAAUUUUCUGUUGUCUUCAGCAGUGCAACUUUUAAAUAAUCCCAUUUCUCUUGGACUCCAUUUAAACUGCACCAGUCUGAUAAUGACUCCUUUACACAUAUUCUAAUUUUAGAAAAGUUUGUUUUUCUAAAAUCUAAAACUUUUUUGUUUUUGUGUGGUUACUCAGUCACUGUCCUUUAUAUUAAACCACACUGACUGAUGAUCACUGGAUCCUAAACGUUCCCCUACAGUAAUAUCUGAUACCAAAUCUCCAUUUGAUACUAAAUCAAGUAUGGCCUCUUUACAAGUUGGCUCCUCAACAACUUGUUUUAAAGACAAUCCCAGUAGGGAGUUUAGGGAGGGAGUGCUCCUUACACAUGCAGCUAUUUUGGUUUUCUAGUUCAUAUCAGGAAGAUUAAAGUCACCCAUAAUAAUAACUUCCCCCUUCAUUGUCAUUUUAGCUAUGUCCCUAACUAUUAGGAACUCUAUUUGCCCUGGGGGCCUAUAAAUCACACCUACACAACUUGCUGUGUGAUUACCAAAUUCUAACGUAACCCAAACGGACUCUAUGUUCGCCUCACUAACUUUUAUUAGGCUUGAUUUUAUGUUAUCCUUCACAUACAGGGCCACCCCUCCCCCCUUUCAUGCCUUCCCUGUCUUUUCUAUAUAAAGAGUACCCUGGUAUUGCUAUGUCCCAGUCAUUUAUCUCAUUAUACCAUGUCUUCGUAACCGCAACUAAAUCUACAUUAUCAGUUGCCAUUAUUGCCACAAGUUCAUGGAUCUUAUUCCCUAAACUGCAAGCAUUUGUAGACAUGACUCUAAGCUUAUAAUUUUUUAACACACUUGCUACAGGCACAUUCUGACCUUGUUUUGAGGGGCAAUUGGAUUAAUGUUUUCUCACCCUUUUGCCCCCCUCCUCCCAGUUUAACUAUAUCCUAGCAAAACCUCUGAACUUCUCACGGAAACAUUUGUUGCCUUUUGAGAAAGAUGCAAACCACCUUUUUUGUACAGUUUAUUUACAAUCCAAACAGAGCUACCAUGAGAAAUUAAGCCAAAUCCUUGCUCCCGGCACCAUUCACCAAGCCACAAGUUAAAGUCUCUAAUGCGCAUCCGCCUGUCGUUCUGAGUGUUGCGCAAUGUGGAAGCAACUUGCUGUAUAUCAUUGGCAAAAACACUAAAAACUUCCUUUACCUCUGAAACCUCAUUGCAAGCCAAGUCAUUUGUCCCAAGAUGGACAAGUACAUCCAAUUCCCCUUCCUGCUUUGCACGCUUAACAAUAUUACAAAUACGUCUCCUGUCUCUGUGAGCAGUAGCUCCAGGAAAACAUCGUACAAGACCACUAUUGACCAGCUCCACACCACUUAUGAUAGAAUCCCCCAACAACAACUGCUUUUUAUUAGGCCAACCCAUAGUCUCCAAGCCUGUCUCCAUAAUACCACUACACUCUGUGUCUGAGUCUGUCUCCACAACACCACUACACUCUGUGCAUGAGCCUGUCUCCACAACACCACUACACUCUGUGCCUGAGCUUGUCUCCAUAACACCACUACAGCCUAGACUUGAGGAAUGGUAUAAAAGAACUGGUUUUAUUAUGGCCAGAUGGCCCACAUAUAUAAAGCAAGGAUACAGUAACACACUCCCACAACACGCCCAUGAAUUUCUGUGUCAGAAUGACUAAGCAUAAAAUAGAAUAGAGGAACCCCACAAAUAUUAUAUCCCUGAAUAGCCUGGAACCGAGUGCCCAAGUUGUCCUAAUAGCUCUCAGAUCCCACGAACACAGCCAAAUCGCCACCAGGGUAAAGUUUUGACUGACCGCACUCGAGGCGUCUGCCCAAAUCAAUUCCAGAGAUUCAGUGGUAGCGGUCGGUCAAUUUCAGGAGUUCCAAAGCGAACAGAAAGACAAACUGUUCCCUUGUCUCAUAGGUAGCGUUUGUUCGCCUUGUUCGUGCGAACAAACCUACCGAACAGCGCUCUCCUGGCUUGUCGCGGAAAGAAGGCGUUUGUGCGCUUUCAUCAGUGUUUGUGCGGUCGAGUGUCCAACUUAUGGUUCCAGACACUCGACGCACAGGUCCUGCGUUCGUGCAACAAGAUGGCCGCCAUUUUCUCCAGCACGUUGUGUUCAGUUAUACGAACAGCCACACAGAGAGAGCAUUUAAAGGGACACUAUAGUCACCUGAACAACUUUAGCUUAAUGAAGCAGUUUUGGUGUAUGGAACAUGCCCCUGCAGCCUCACUGCUCAAUCCCAUUUAGGAGUUAAAUCCCUUUGUUUAUGAACCCUAGUCACACCUCCCUGCAUAUGACUUGCACAGCCUUCCAUAAACACUUCCUGUAAAGAGAGCCCUAUUUAGGCUUUUUUUAUUGCAAGUUCUGUUUAAUUAAGAUUUUCUUAGCCUCUGCUAUGUUAAUAGCUUGCUAGACCCUGUAUGUGAUUAAAGUUCAAUUUAGAGUUUAUCUGUUUGAAAGUGAAACCAGUUUAUUUAUUUUUUUUCAUGCAGGCUCUGCAAUCAUAGCCAGGGGAGGUGUGGCUAGGGCUGCAUAAACAGAAACAAAGUGAUUUAACUCCUAAAUGACAGUGAAUUGAGCAGUGAAAUUGCAGGGGAAUGAUCUAUACACUAAAACUGCUUUAUUUAGCUAAAUUAAUUUAGGUGACUAUAGUGUUCCUUUAAGUCUGUGGUUUAUUUGAUGUUUAUUGAGCCAGGGGGUGGUCGGUGUUCAGGAGUUUGUAGCUCCCGAAGGGGAAAACAAACUGAACUUAUUGCAAGGAGGGAAUUAUGGUUUUAAAGUUAAAACAUUGUAAAAUUGGGCAUGCUGUGACUACAAUUUUUAUAGUGGUCACCGAAUCCAAAACCACUGCAAGUAUUAUAUUGUAGAAAGUACAUCUCAAAGGCUAUUUAAGGAAGAACACUUUUCAUUUAACCAUUUUAUCACAGACCUCCUCAAAAUAUUAAGUUUGUUUUUUGUUGUUAUUUUGAGGAAGUUCACAGAAUACACACGUCCCACUACUUUAAACUACCUAUAUUUGUGUUGUGCCACAAUUGUCAAGUACAGUGGAACCUCGGAACUAAAACUUAAUCUGUUAGAAGGCUGUUUGAUAUCCAAUUUGUUUGAAAACCAAAUCAAAAUUUCCCAUAAGAAUUAAUGUAAAUUAGAUUAAUCUGUACCAGACCCCUAAAAUUACAGCAUUUUAACACAAAUUUUACAGUUUAAUAAUGCCUUACAUGCAUAAAAUCAUACAGAAAAACACACAAUGUAAAUGAAAUGAAAAUGUAACUUCACUUUAUCAGUCAACUGUUUGCUGGCAGAAUGGAGCUCUUUUCUCUGACAGAAUGGAGCUCUGUUUAUUUUGUCUCGUGUUGGAGGCUGAUGGGCCAAAACCAGCAAGGUUCCAACAAGGUUCAGAUACAGAGUUUUGUUCUGGUACCGAGACCUUUUUUCCUCUCUAAUUUUAUAGUUCACUACUGAAUUGUUCAGGUAAGGGAAAGUUCCAGUUCUGAGGUCCCACUGUACAAUGAUUCCCCACAUGUAAACCUUUUCCCAUAAUAUCACACAUAAUCUAACCCCUAAUCCAGCCCCAAUCCCACCCAUUAAUUCCACCCCUAAUCCACUGUCCAGCAGAGGGAGAUCUCUGCUGGACAGUGAGCAUGCAGUGAGACAUCACCAGGGUCUUUUCAGACCCAGGGGCCUUUUUCAUCCCUGGUGUAGGUUCAGAAUCACAUCAGUUGAUCAAGAUUCCUUAGCCACGUUAAUUAAAUAGAUUUAAAGGGCUAUGUGCAGUAUUCCCUUGAGUAUCCAAUUUUACAUGGGGCCCCUUGAUACCAGCAAGGAUUUAACCAUGCCGGUAUUUUUAAAGGAACACUAUAGUCACCUAAAUUACUUUAGCUAAAUAAAGCAGAUUUAGUGUAUAGAUCAUUCCCCUGCAAUUUCAUUGCUCAAUUCACUGUCAUUUAGGAGUUAAAUCUCUUUGUUUCUGUUUAUGCAGCCCUAGCCACAGCCUGCAUGAAAAAAAAAAACUGGUUUCACUUUCAAACAGAUGUAAUUUACCUUAAAUAAUUGUAUCUCGAUCUCUAAAUUGAACUUUAAUCAUAUACGUGAGGCUCUUGCAGGGUCUAGCAAGCUAUUAACAUAGCAGGGGAUAAGAAAAUCUUAAUUAAAGAGAACUUGCAAUAAAGAAAGCCUAAAUAGGGCUCUCUUUACAGGAAGUGUUUAUGGAAGGCUGUGCAAGUCACAUGCAGGGAGGUGUGACUAGGGUUCAUAAACAAAGGGAUUUAACUCCUAAAUGGCAGAGGAUUGAGCAGUGAGGCUGCAGGGGCAUGUUCUAUACACCAAAACUGCUUCAUUAAGCUAAAGUUGUUCAGGUGACUAUAGUGUCCCUUUAAUGCAUGAUGGUCUAAGCCAUGAACUAUGUGACCGCAUAGACAGUAAUGUGAUCGUUACAGGGUUAAAAGAAUAUACUCUGAUUUAUUUCUCAAAUGCAUGUUUUCAAUUCUUCUGUUCUGUUUUAUGAUUUCCUUUAUUGUUCUUUAGAAUGAAGCUCAAGGAAGUGAAGAAUGGAUUUAAAUUUGGGGAUACCUGGUUAUUUUUCGGUUGUCGCCACCAUGACAAAGACUACCUCUUUAGGUAAUCUCAGCUCUGUAUGCCUAAUGAUAUGUUUUUAAAAGAUCAUUUCAAAACUAAGUUGACACCUGAUUUUAAUGUAAUUAUACAUGUGCAUGUACUGCUAUGGGGUCGCAAAGCUUCUCCCUGUGAGCAUUAUAGGCCAGAGACAUAAAGCAAAUCAGAAGUAGGGAUUCUUCUUUAACCAUAACCUAGGGGUGUUCCUGUGGCGAAACCGGCCUCGCCACGUGUCCUUGGAGGGGGCUGCUUGCCCGCCUCUUGCCUUUAGACUAUGGCCCGUUCUUUUUUCCUGCAGAAAGGCUGGUUUGUGCCUUUCUGCGGACUGUUAAAGCCAUGCUACCCCAGAUAGCUAUGCCAUGGAGCCCAGCAGUAUACUGAAAGACUGUAUGAAAGACUUUGGCUCCAUGGCGAUUGAACUAUAUGUAUGUGAUCUGGGCGCCAUCCGGUAAUAAUGUGCGCUCAGAUCUAAGCUAUCUGGGGAUAGAUAGAAUGUCUGUAUUUUAUGUAAUAAAUGUAACCUUGUAUAUUUUAUUGUAUUUUUAUGUCUUUUAUUGUCCUUUGUCUGCCAUGUGGCUAAUGGAGUUUUGCCUCUGUCCUUGGAGAUAAUUGAAUUACUUCUCAGUUAUCUCCACUAUAGAAGACUCUGUGGAACUGGUUUUGGGCAGAAAAACCAUGCUUCAUUUAGUCACAAAGGACUUUCCCUUAACUUUUGAACCCCUGGUCUGAUUCGUGCCAUUUUUUAAUAUGUUGUUCCCCUGAAUGGAUUGAUUAUGAAAAUGUAUGUUUUAUGUUUGUGACAUAUAUAUUUUAGAAGUUAUAAAUACUGUGUAAAAACUGUAUUCCUCUACCGGUGAUAAUGAGAUUACCCAUUGUGUUCAGUAAUCAUAUCACAGCCAGAGGGGAGGAUUUUGUGUGGGAGUGUCUGGGUGUAUUGUACAUAUUGAUUGGUUGUUUUGUAACGCCCUGUGGGCUGUACUAUGUUUGUGGAUUGGGAAUAAAAGAGACUGUAUGUGACAGUACAGGGAGUUCCUGCUUAACCCUCAAAGUGAAGUGUCGUCUCAUUAUUGGGGGAAGGAUUUAUUGUAUGCUGUUCCCGUUUGACUGCUAGGAGAGUAAACCUAUUCGUAUGGUUCCUAUUCAACUGUCUACAGCAUUCAUAUGCUUGAGAGGAUUCAUAUGCUUCUCCGGUUCGGUGGUUGUGGUGUCUGCUGCAGUGCUUGGAGUCCUCAGGAAGCGCUAGGAGCAUCCUUUAACGGAGGUACCCAGUCGGGGUGCCAGGCGAUCCGUUACAGUUCCCAACUAGCUUUUCCUUCUUAUAUUCCUUGCUAUGCAUGCUUCCAAUAUUAAACCGUUAAAAGAGCAUUCUGGGUUGCCCGUGUUUCCUGUCAGCUUGUUACAUUUUAGUGUUAAACUGAUUUUGAACGGUUUAACACAAAAGUAGUGUCCAUCUGCCUCCUCUUCUUUGCUGCUGUGGGUAAUGCGGCAGAGAAUGGGUGAUAGGCUGAGAGCAUCAGCUGAUACUCUGAGACAAUGACUGGCUGCCCACUCAAUUUUGUAACUCCAUAUAUUUUGGUAUUUGAUUUUCCUUUCUUUUAUGCAGUUGAGUCAUUUUGAUUGUCUACAUACCCUUGCCACAUUUUGACUGACCACAUUAUUAUUCACACUAUUGUUAAAUUUCAUGUUUUUUUUUAAUGUCAAUAAAGAGUUGCUGGUUUAAGUUGUUGCACUAACAUACAAUUUUUCUGCUUUUAGAGAAGAGCUAAGUAAUUUCGUUGAGAAUGGCGUGUUAACUUGCCUAAAAGUAUGCUUCUCUAGAGAUUCUCAUGGCAGCACUGACGAAUUAACUCCACGGUAUGUUCAGGACCUUCUUAAAAUAUGCUCCCAAGAUAUUGUGAGAAUCCUGACAAAGGAAAAUGGUCACCUCUUCGUUUGUGGGUGAGUUUGGGGGCAGGGGGAUAUUUUGUUUUUUUUAAGAAGAUGUCAGUACACACGCUUUGACAUUUGUAAACUAUUUUAAUGCCAUGUGAUUGUCUACCAAGCAAUUCACAUUUAAAAAUGUAACCAUACUUUUUUGCCUAAUUUGUAUUUGACAUGUAUAUAUUUUCUGUUUGCAGAGAGUUAUGUCCUAAAAAUGUACAUAUAGUAAAGCAAAUAAACAUUUGACUUAGAUAUUAUAAGGAGCAUUUGUCAGGGGGUAAAUUGUACCUGAAAGCAGUCAUUAUUGAUUUUUGCUUCUAAUGAUUCAAUUAUGUUUCUUUCCUCUAGAGAUGCUAAAAAUAUGGCCAAAGAUGUGAAUGAAGCUUUAGCUGAUAUAUUAAGCUUGGAGCUUGGUGUUGACAAACUAGAAGCAAUGAAAACCCUUGCCGUAUUAAGAGAACAUAAGCGGUAUUUGCAAGAUGUCUGGAGCUGAAUUUUAAAGAUAACCUCAAAUCGUGACUUAAAGUGAUUUUAGUAUAUUAAAUACAACUCUUCAUUAAUGAAACCUGACAACACAAUUCUGGUAGCUUAAAGGGUUGAUUAUCAGUUUAUGUUACAUGAGAAUAUUCUUCAGUAUUCAACUGUAUUGUGCUUUUCAUUUUAUUUAUUACAGUUGUUAUGUAGGCUCUUUUCUAAGAGGCUUUGUUAACUGUAAAAAGUAAUUGCUGUUAAGUCCUUAUUCAUUACAGUGGGAUGCUGGAAUAUACUGCCUCUGUGGACCUUCAUCAGAGUCGCAUGAUUAUUCCAUGCUAUAGAUUUUUGUAAAUGAAUAUUCAGGAUAAAGCUUUUUCUCUGGAAGGAAAAUCAACAAAAUAAUAAAUUAUCUUUCAGAAGAUGAUUUUAAUGUGACUAAAUUGGAUAUCAUCUAUAUAUCAACAUUUUGCAAGUGGAUUAUCAAAACAUUUAUUGGCUUAUUCACUUAUCUGUGAGUUGUAGUGAGUGGGCAAAUUAUUUAAAUUUUCUGAUUA